AUGUCACCCACCGGUUUUUUUAAAUUCUUUCACCCACUUGCGUUUUCCCUCCCAAACCCAUACGGGAGACGGCGGAGACUGGCCACGUGAAGAACGUUUGCGUUUUGCCCCUACACAUCAGCGGACAUACGAAGGAGAGGAAGGGAAACGCGGGUGUGCCUGCUUGCAUAUACGCGCACACACAUCUCUCUCUCUCGCUCUCUCUAUACACACACACACAGACACACAAACGGCGCGCUCUUUCCUUCCUCUCAUUCAUUUACACACACGUUGCGCCCGGGCGUCUCCCUCCGCCGCCGCUCUGUGGCUCCGCCGGGUCACGUGGCCCUGCCCUCCCCCGGCCAACCCUCCGCGCCUGCCUCCCUCCCGGGGCUUGAGAAGCAGAAGUGGGGAGCCUUCCUGGGGCAGCAGGCGGCGAGGAGCAGGGCGGGCCGCCAGCGACGACCGAGCGAGGGGGACGACUCCGGCUCCCCGCCUCUGGGACUGAGGCGCAGGUGAGGGGAGACGCCGAGGGAGAAGGAAGGUACCCCCGCACUUACUUACCCUCUCCUCCUCCUCCAGCCCCACCGUGCGGAGCCCUCUUGCCUUCUCCUCGCCCUAGAUUCGCCAGCUGCGGGCGGGUUGGGGCGGCGGUUCCUCACACCUCCUUGCCUUCCUGUCCCGCCUCACUUAGUUAUAUGGCAGGUAUUAAGAGGUGCGGGGCGGGUUGAGGGAUCCCCUCCAUCCCAGCUGCCGGCUAUCUGUUGGUUGGUUUCUUAAAUACUCACUACUACUACCGUAAAGAUACUGUCAGGGAGCCUUACAGUAAAUGCAAAGAAGUUUUUUUUGUUUUUGUUCUUACGGAAAUUUAGAGAGCGUGAAGCAACAGAUUAAAAACUGGCCGCGAUAUCAAGGCUGUGUACGUGUUCCGUGGGGUUAUUUCGAGUGCUUUCCUUCCAACCCGAGACAGGUUGUGGUUACUUCGACAUCUUUUUCUCUCCUUCCUGCCGCUGACCCGUUGCUGCCCACUAAGUGAUAGCGCUGGGGAUCAGAAGUUGCCAGGAAAGACUCAGCCAGGGAAACUGGUUGGCGUCUCUCGGCUGUGUAGGGAACACGUCGUUCUGCACAUGCUCUACGGGCACUCACUUGACAGCCUUCCUAUUACUGCAAUUUAUUCAUUAGACCUAUAUCACAUGCUUCCUCUCAAAGGACCCCAGGGCGGCAUUCAUCCUUAAACCAGUUGUGGCUGCUUUGCAUCUUCUUCCUCUUCAGUUCACACCGCCACUCUUUUUUGGACUGCCCUAGUUAGUAGAUUAAAAAGGUGUUUAGUCUUAAAUAUGGCUGGAAAUGCCCUUUAGCUUGACGCCUGGCAAGGCUGGAGGGGAGCUAAGUCUAUGCACAUACUCUGCGGCACUGCCUCCCCCCCUCCCCCUCCUCCAGCUCUGAUAGAAAGGAACUAAUUGCACAUGCUCUUGGCCACUCUGUUAUAUUAAGGCGCUGCACCUCCACCACUUCUCCAGUUUCUUAAGGUCUUCCUUGGAGGCUUUGCUCAGGGUAGCUGAGGACUUUAUCUAGAUGGGACUUUAUCUGUAGCAGCACUUCGUUUUGUAGAAAUCUUGCCAGCAGGCUCAUUGGGCCACCUAACUACUUAGUCUCAGGUCCCUCCUUGCUUAGUCAAAAUUUACUUUUUCUUUGCACAGACUUUUUAACAAGGUGGUUGUUCCUAGAAGAGUGCUGCAGCUUAUUUUCUUUAGCUUUUUGUUAUAUAUUUUUUCAACUUCUCAUUACUUCACCCUUUGCCAUUUGCCUUUAGUUUCGUUGAACAGAAAGGCAACACAUCAAGAGGUUUUGUAAUAAAUCAGUCUUCCUCUGGGGAGCCCUGACUCUUGACCCAGUGGACAACCUUGCUUUUGACAAACUGACUAAGGACUCUGCUUCAUUUGCUGCCACCUCUCUCUCACUGAAGAGUCCGCUGCAAAAGAGGGAAGGAAACCAGCUGUCCGCCCUCCCUCUCCCCCCCUUUACUUUUCCCCCAACAGAGAGGUGGGUGGGUUAGUAGCAGCACCAAUUUAAAUGUAGAAUGAAGGAAGGAAAGGUAGUGGUGUGAACAAAGAGGUGAAUCUGGGUUCAGAGAAAAUGUGUGUGUUAACCUUGUAGGAAGGAAACAUAUGUUUAUCACUAUUUCAAAUGUAUGAACAUUGUUUUAAAGUUGAAAAGCCAAUUUUUUAUGCUAACCUAAGUCUCUGGGUUGCCCCUGAAAAGGAAGGGGUUUCUGUAGCCUCCCAAACUCCCUCAAUUUAUGUUGGGUUAGGGAAGGGGAGCAGUGGAUGCUUCAUACAGCAGAGCAGAAGGAACAACUUCAGGUAGGGUAUUUUUUGUUGUUGGUUCAGUAUAUGGUCAUCUUCAUACAUGAUAUUGGAUGGAAAAAAAGUGAGGAAUGCUAAAAAAAAAAAAAGGAUUAUUUGCAUUGUGAGGAAAAAGGAAAAUUGAUGACAAGCAGUGCAAUCUUACGCAUGUCUACUCCAAAGAAAAUAAGUCCUAAUGAGUUCAGUGGGACUUUCCACCAAGUGUGUAGGAUUACAGUAUGUAUAAUAUCAAAUACACCAAGUAUCUAAGAACUGCAGUGCUCUUUCAUGGGGCUGCUUUGAUGCUGAAGCAACUGCCCAUCUUCUUGUGCUCCCCACCUCCCUCUUUUACUACCUUUGAUUAAUAAACAAUUAGAGUAGCUUUUAUUCUGUCAUAAUCUCUAAGGCCAAUCAAAGAUGCCUGUUUUACCAUAUGUAUGCCAGGUUCAAACAAGAAGGGGAUUUGUAAUUUUCUCUUCUUGCUGUUCUUUAGGACUGUUUUUUACAUUUCCUAAAGCCUGAUAAAGCAAUGAAACUUUCUACAUCUUUUGGACAAUUAGUUAGGGUACUUGUGUUAAGCAACUUCUUAUGUUAGUUGUAGUACACUUUAAAAAAUGUAGACUAAAACUGUGUGUUCUCAAAUUGUGUCGCUCAACAUGAAUUCUCAUGGGUUUUAAAAUCAGAUAGAUAAAGUGAUCUUUCUGGACCAUCUUCUCUCUGUUGUAUGUUCAUUAUAUGGUUUUGAGUUACUCAGAGCGGAUAGCGGGUUUCAAACAAUAGUGAAACUGGUUAUAGAUACUGUUUUAUUUUCAUUUAUUUCACAUGGUGGUUGUUGUGUGUAUAAAGUUGCGUGUCUACAACAAGUCCAAGGACAUAGAACAUGCUGAUCAGAAGAAAAGGAGUGUAAAUGAUGGUAACGAACCUUUAUUUAAUAAAAUACAACUGGAGAGCUUCAGAAAUUAUUACACCUUACACAUUUUGUGUUUUGAAGGGCAUGGCCAGAUGGGAGCUUCCUGUGCUUUUGAUUUCAUGUUUUAGUGCCCAACUAAGCAUAUGGAAAUAAUUUCCUUUAAGGCAGUUACAACAUGACAAAGGAGAUCUGAUGGGUCAUCCUGUAACACUGGUCCCAAGACUUUGGGAUAGCAGCAAUACAUGACUGAACCCUUUGAUGCUGAACUUCCCGUGCCAAGAUGUGUUGUAUGAUUAAUUUAUUAUAUUGUAGCUAGGUAACCCACAUGUACAAACCCUGGUGCUUUGAUGUUCUAGGCUUGGUACAAAUAAAUAUCAAGGACCUAAUUUUACAUGGUACUACUAAUUCAUCUGAGUUAUCUGUGGGCUUAUGCAUCAUAUCCAGUUUCACUGCUGAUGUAUAACUUCCAGCUGAGCUACUGGCUUUCAGAUUGGUGUUUGGGCCUUGCAUAGGCUAGGGGUUUCUGACUUGAGAGACAGGGGAGGCAGUUUAACUACACACACAAACAAAUCCUCUCAGUAAGGACUCAAGACAGAGUUCACUUGAUGGUUUUUGCCAGCAAGAAGUGUGUACUAACCAUACUUCCCUGGUUUUGACUUCUUUGGAAGUUCACAUUAUUUGUUUAGACUAAACUGAUCCACACUUGCACAAGUUUGUUAAUUGUCUGUCCUCCUUUGCAGAUAGUUAACUUUAUCUGCAGGCUAGGCAGAGAAGAUGGUUGUGUAACUCAGCUGUGGCCACUAAGAACUCUUCCAGUAAUUAUCUAGGGAAAUCUCUCCCUAGCUGCAUGAUAUUUCCAGGUUCCAAUGUAAAUUAGAGCAGACUGUAAUAAAAGCCAAUGUAGUAUUCCAGUGGUGGAUCAAACCUAUUAUAUUUUACCUGCAGAAUUUCAAGAUUCAUAAUUUAGUUUGUCUCCUAUUGUCAUGCACACUAAAGGGUUUUGAGAAUGUUUCAGACAAUAAUAUUCCUGACAUUCAUACAUCCAGAGGCUUUCCACAUAACCACUGACUAUUUUUAUUUCUUGUUAAGUCCUGGCCACAGAAAAUUCUAUAUUUUUAUUCUGGCUGGCCUAUAAUUGCUUCUCAUUGUUCCAUUUCUUGGUAUUGCUGCCACUUCUUCAGUGCCUGUUAGUUUUAUCUAUUUUUUGAUGCCAUAUUUUAUUUUCAACUAAGAAUUUCUGCACAAACAAUUAUGUGUUAUAUGCCCGGGGUUUAGAGUGCAGGCAUCCCUUCAGAUGCUGAAUACAUUUAUCUGGCGUGCUGUGCAAACAAAUAGGCAUAAAACCUCUGACUUUGAAGGAUAAAGUCUGCUGUGUAGGAAACUGCCAUAAUGAGUAAUUAUGAUUUGUUCCAUUGGAUUUGUUCCAGCAGCUCAGGACCAGGGAGGGCAGACUUCAUGCUUGCUGGAUCUACUUUUGUGUUUCACUGGGACUCAAAGAUCCACCAGCUGGAGCACGGUACACAGGAUAUACACUAAAAUAAAAAUAAAGAAGAAGAAUUAAGUGCUCUGAGCUGCUGCUGAAUUCAGGGAUCUGUUCUAAGUACCAGAACUGAGCUACCCUCACAGUCCUUCCACACAAAACUCUUAUUAUUGUUCCCUCAGGCUUUCUUCAUUUUAGCAAUCUAAUUUGGACAAGGGCUCAGGGAAAGAGUCAUUUUAUUGGUGUUCGUGUUAAACAGUUGAGACUCAGAAAUCCUUGCCUCUGUACUGCACAUCAUCUAGAGAUCAACAGUACCAGUAGCCUCUGUUAAGAUGGUGUUUGGUAAUGCAGCAUUUUUAAGCUCCCUGCAGGGAAUUUGAGAGUAAGGAUGUGGAACACUGUGAGUAGCAUUUGUUAAGGUUUGGUUCAUAUUUUCCUUUUCCACCAGUCAGCAAGGUGAAAAUUAAAAUGUCAAAAUACCUCUCACUUUGCGCUUUGCAAGGCAAUUAAAAAAGGUAGCAGUGCAACCCAUCCUGGACCAAGAAGUGUGUUUCAACUACAACCCAUUUGCUCACAGCUAUUUUGGGGGCAAGAUGGUUGAGAGGAUGGUAGACAGCUUCUGGUGUACUUGGAGAAAAAGGAUUAUCUGGACCAUUUCAGUCUGGCUUUAGGCCUGAGUUUGUCACUGAAACUGGGAGACAGGUGUCAGGAACGUAGCCCUGUUAAUUCUCCUUGAAAUCUGUUGCUUUGGUUAUAUUUGAUGAUGGUAUCUUCCUGGAAUGCUUCUGUCAGCUGGGAGUGGGAGUCAUGGAGCUAUGGUGGCUCUGCUUUCACUCUUCCCUAUAGGGUCAUUUCCAGACCCUAUUGGGAGACCCCCUGAGUGGUCCCUUGGCAGUUAUGCUGCAGGAGUCCUGUAGGACUCCAUCUUGACCUCUGAGUUUCUUAACAUCUACAUGAAACCUCUGGGAUAAGGUAUUAUUCCAUAAAUUGUGAGGCUGAAAUGCUUAAAAGAUCACCUUUCUCUUCAUCUGCUAGCCCAGGCUUUUAGAUCUGCUGUGGAGGACCGUGUCAUCCUGCCAAUGAGGGAAGCCCACUGUGCAGUGACGGGGAUCAGACCUUCUCAGUGGUGGCAAUUUCCUGUGGAAUUUCCUAUCCCUGCAGGAUAGGAAAACCCUCAUCACUGAAUUUUUGAUAGUGUAUUAAGACAUUUCACUCAGGUCUUAGGAGCAAACAGAUGCAUUUUAGGCCAGAUGUACUGAUGCUACCUGCAGUGUUGUAUUUUGUAGUGUUGCAUUUUGACUAUUGUUUUAAAGUAAUGAUUAAGGUUUCAAAUGGUUUUUGAAAUGUAUUUUAAGUAUCCUUUGUAAACUUCUCUGCAAUCUUAACAGAUGAAGGACAGUUUAAAAAUCGAACAAAUUGGAAUUGCAGUUAAUUUAUUCACUGUUAGAAUGAUAAACUACAAGAUGCAGUUCAGCCACAUGUUAUGUUAGGACCAAAUUGAGUAAAAUACUUCCAUUAGCUUUUACGUUCUUUUUCUAUCACCUUUUGUCUUUUUCAGAUUUCUUCUUUUCCCCGUCCUUUUUUGUAUGAUCUAGGGUCUUUUUAUUGAUUCUUAGAGAAUCUGAAAGGGCUAUUGAACACAUAUGUUUCUAUAUAUGUAAGUAGCAUUGGACAGUGUUCUCGAAGCUACCAACAUGAGUCUGACCAAACUGCGGGAGGCAGUGGAAGACAGGAGUGCCUGGCGUGCUCUGGUCCAUGGGGUCACGAAGAGUCGGGCACAACUAAACGACUCAACAACAACAACAAAGUAGCAUUGAUUGCUUUGUUAUACACAACUGCUAUAAGACACCAGAUAUAUGGUAUAUUGUAAACUUACAAAUAAAUAAAGUAAAAAGUGAAUUAAUUAAGGAAAAAAUUAAAAGGGUGAAAUAUUUGUGUUUCUAGAGCAAGAUAGUGCUUUAAACAUUUCUAACUAUUAACAGGCAAAAGGAAGGAGUUAAGCUGAAGAUGAGGGCUAUGAGAAGGAAAACAGGUAUUGGGGCCUGGUUAUUAACAAGGAAACUGAAACAAGAAGCUUGUAAUAAAAAGUAGAGGGCAAAAAGGCUGAGGGGAAAGAACAGUAAGGCAGAUGCUGCUGUUUUUGGCUGAAGUUAUUUUUGGGCUUUGGUUGAAGACGUUUUCCCAAUCCUCUUUGUGUCCUGCUGUUGGUUGGUUGGUAUGUAUAGUAUGAUUCCAGAGGAAAGCUUGAUAGCUAUUUUCUUCCUACUGUUUUUCAUGAAGGAGAGCAGACUUGCUAAUAUUUGUGCCAUGUAAGAAAAAACAGGAGAGGAGAGACCAUAAUUCACAAGGUUUGAGUUUCAACUUUGCAAUUGUAUGAGUGUGGCAAAAUAAAGAAAUACUUCAAACUGGUAUAUUUUACUAUUCCAACUAAGUCCAAAAUCUUAUACCUUUUUACUCAGAAGUAAGCCCUUCUGGAUGCAGUGAACUUUGUCUCCUGAGUAAAUAUGGAUUUAAUGGCACUGUGGCUUAAAUUGAACAGGUUGUCAUUUUAAAGUAGCGUAACCAUUUAUUCAUGAUUGACAGAGCAUGUUUGAAAUACUGGAAUAUGAAGCUUAGUUCCAUGCUUUUUCAAUAUUUUACUACUUAAUCCAUGGAUUACAACUGCUACUUCACUGACACUUCAUUAGAGCUUGCUGCACAUUCAGAAUAUUAAGCUGAGCAUGAGUAAAUUUAUAAUUUAAGAAUCGGAAGUCUUGUUAGCCCAGCAGUGGAAUUGAUGUCACUAUCACUUUGCAUUUCAGUUCCUCGUUGUAAAAAAUGGGGGGGGGGAGUUCACCCUCAAGGUGGUUGUAAUACAAGGCUUGUUUUGAUGUUACCAUUCCAUUCUUAUUUUUUUUCCUUUUUCUUCCUAUCUGUAUGCCACAAUUGAAGUGCAAAUGUGUUCUUUUUCAUUUCCAGAUGCUUUCCAAAAUCAUGAAAUAAUCAAGAAGCAAGGUUGAGUCAUUGAAAGAACACUUGCAAUUAAGAAUGCAAUCCUAUACAUGUCUACUCAGAUGUAAGCCUGAUUGAGUUCAGUGGGAUUUACUCCUGGGUAAAUGUAUACUGUAUAGGAUUUCAGCCUGGAUGAUAUAGCUUGGUCUUAACCAUGAAUCAGUAAUGCUAUGCCACAUGCUUCAUUUAAUCCAGAGUACUGAACCUGCUAUAGAAGAAGUUGCUUGCUCUUUAUACACUUUCACUUGGCAGCAAGCUUUGCACCAUGUCCUUUUCCUGUUAAUAGCUAUGUUGCAGCUACGUUGAGUUGAGUGAAUGGGUUACAUUUAAAUGUAUGUUAGGGCCAAAGUAGAAAUAAUGUUGGAAAUGCUACAUCUCCAUUUAUACUUUUGCAGAUCAACAGCUGCAUGUGGGGGCAGAUGAGAAUUAGGGGUAGGGUGGGGGGAAACCAUUUCCCAGCACUAUUUCUCCAUUGGAAAUUGACCUCCCCAUAGUUGCUGAUUUCCCAUAAGGAAAAACAUCUACAUGCAUGUAUUUUUUCCUCAUCAGAGGAUUAAUAGCUUCAGUCUGGGCUGGGGAUUUUCAUCAGGAAAAUGGUGUGGAGGGGUAGAGUUGAACCAGUUUUCCCACUGAAUUGAUAUACAUUCACACAUCUUAGUCCUGAUCACUAUUUGAUUCUUACUACUAUUUUCAGUAAUCGCUACUUAAAGCAGGUAUUGCUAAUUUGAAGAGCUUGAUGUUUGCUUGAUAUAAGAGGUAGAUUAAUUAUAUACCGGUAAUUAAUUAUAUACCGGUAACUGUUUCCCAUGCAAGCUUAAUUGAAAUUGGUGGAUAGCUCAGUCCGUACUAAUCUCAGGGUUGUGGGUUCAAGCCCCACAUUGGGUGAAAGAUUCCUGCAUUGUGGGGGUUGGACUAGAUGAUCCUCAUGGUCCCUUUCAACUCUACAGUUCUGUGAUUCUAUGAAGCUAGUGGGGAUAUUGUGGGAAAAGAGAUUGGUGGGUCUGGUAUAAUAUCUUGGAAUAUACUAAUGUUGUUUAUUUAUACAGUGGUGCCUCGCAAGACGAAAUUAAUCCGUUCCGUGAGAGUCUUCGUCUAGCGGUUUUUUCGUCUUGCGAAGCAACCCUAUUAGCGGCUUAACGGAUUAGCGCUAUUAGCGGUUUAGCGGCUAUUAAAGGCUUAUCGGCUUAUCGGAUUAGCUGCUAAAAGGCUAUUAAAGGCUUAGCGGCUUAGAUAAAGGGGGACCAAGCGAAAAAAAUCUCAAGACUCGCAAGACAUUUUCGUCUUGCGAAGCAAGCCCAUAGGGAAAUUCGUCCUGCGAAGCAACUCAAAAACGGAAAACCCUUUCGUCUAGCGGGUUUUCCGUCUUGCGAGGCAUUCGUCUUGCGGGGCACCACUGUAGAUGGUUUGAGAUGAUUUUAUGAUGACUUUUGAGGGAUGAGCCUGAGUAUGCCACUCUCCUAGAGAGACACCAAUCUCCCAACUGAAAUAUAUGUUUGUUUAUGUUGGGUUGAUGUUUUUACUAUUCAAACCCAAGUUAACUUGGUGACUUGGAUACAGAGAACCCCUUGUGUUACCAAAAGGAAAUUCUGCUUAUGCAAAUACGGUUCUCCAGUUUCUAUGUUAUUGCAGGAUGAAGUCCUACAAAUGCUUACCUUGUUUUGGUGGACUUCACACUGAGGCCUUAAUGCCUGGUGCAGCUUGGUAGUUUGUAGCUUCUGUGAGAACCAUAAACCUGCCUGAACUGUUUAUAUCCAGUCUGACUAAUUAGGUAUUCAUUCAUUUUUAGAUUUAGGCUACGUAAAUUAAAAGAGAUAGGGACUUUUUGGUGACCAGGGACAUCAUAGCAGUGAAGACCUGUAAGACUCCCUCGCUUUCCAUUUUUAGAUGGUCUCGGUAGAUUGUUAAAAAUUGCAACCAGCUUUCGAUAAUGUGUUUGAAGGAACAGCUGCUUAUAAUAGCAUUUUCUAGGAAUGAUUUAGCACUGCCAUUUUUGUGUUGGGUGUUUUGCGUUUAACAUUUAUUUGGUUAUUUUAUGUUAGAAAAGUGGGUAGUAAAUAAAUCCUAAUAAAACUGGACCAUAUCUACUGUUUCCUUGGGAAAGAAAAUCUUUUACAUAAUAAGAAACUAUUUGUUUAUAUAGCCCUUCUAAUAUUAAAAGCAGUCAGUAUACAUUGUCUCAGUAAUUUUUGCCAGUGUUCUUUUAAAUUAGGUCAGAAUAGUGACCUCCAUCUUACAUACAGUGAGAAAUUGGUGAUUAGACUGAGAGAUAGUGCCCUGUCUUUGGAGAACUAGCAAAUUAAUGGCAGAGGUGAGAUUGGAGGCAGAUACUUCCUGGCUCUCAGCUCAGUCACUUACAGCCUAAUCCUGUGCAUGUUUACUCAGAAGAAAGUCCUGUUUGUUCAGUGAAAUGUAAUCCCAGAUAAGUGUGUUUAGGAUUGCGGCUGUUAUUCUCUUGCCUUGUGUCUGAUUUUGAUCCAGAAACAAACCACUGUCAGGAUUUUGAUCUUCUUAAGACAUGGAAAGCCAUCUGGAGUGCAAGACAUAAUCUGGGCAAGGGGUUGGAGCUAAAAUCCCUAUUCUUCUACGACUCAUUGCAUAAUACUAUUAAGGACAAACAAUUGAUGGUGAUGCCUUAUUGACGAACUAGAGGCAUUCUUGCUUUGUUUUCCAUAGCGUGAGAUCAUACUAUAUCAACUGCUCAAGCUACUCCACCCCGGCCAUUGUUAAUAAGCAGUACAUAAUUGUAUUGUGUUGGCUAGUACAGUGCUAAUUCCUGUCUUCUGCAACAUUUGGUUUGUUUUAAAAUGCACCUCAUUGAGGUAGGGAUAUUUGUUAAAGUUCACCAGAUGGUAAUGGAGAUCUGUGUACUUUGACCCUAAGAGUGGUUAUUCGUGCUAGCCUAGUUUCACUUCUAGAAAUUCCUUUUGCUUCAAAAGGAAGCUGCAAAAAGUUUCCUUUUAACAAAAAAAACCCUAUUUUAGAAUGAUACAUCUUUCUUCCUCUGCUUUUUCCUUUUCAGCCCACUGCAAAUUUGCUGCGUUCACCCUGAAAAUGUCCAGGAAAAGCAUAGACUAUGGGGAGCUACCUGAAUAUGAGAAGAGUCAAAUCAAAAGGACCUUGGAGCUAGGCACCGUCAUGACAGUGUACAGCCUCAAAAAGAGUAGUCCAGAGAGGAGGACAAUCCAAGUCAUUAUGGAAACUAGGCAGGUGGCAUGGAGCAAGACAGCUGACAAAAUAGAAGGUUUCUGUAAGUAUCUGCUUAUGGUCGUCAUUGCAAAUAAUUGAAUUUAACCCUGUCAUGACCUGCUAUUUUCUUUGAUGUGUUGAUGGGGAUGAAGAAAUGGUGUAUGUUUACUGCUUUAGUGUUUAAAGCUGUAUACCAUGUACAGGUCCAGUUUAGAAAAAGGGAGGGGAUUGAAAGUGUCCCCACCCUUCAGAUGACUUCCAGGCCUUUUACUCAACCCUUGUGACUUAGUAGAUGGAUGGACCUAGGACAGACACAUUAACUUAAGCCAGCAGCAGGGAAUCUUUGACCCAGGGGCCUAAUUAGCUCCAACAGGGAUCUUAAUUUGGCCAGUGAGGCUGUUACUUCUCAGGCCACAUCCACCUGCCCCAUAUGUGGCAUCAGAUGUAGGGCAGGUAAAGAUGCUUCCUAAUUGUUCAUUGGAAAGUGGGACUUGCUUGCAGUGUUGACCAUGUUUAAGUAAGUUUUAACUGUGGUUGGUGUGAUGUCUAAAUUAAGAAACCAGAGCCAGAUCAAAACAUUUUGCUGCAUGAGGUGGAAGACAAGAUUCCCCCACCCUCCUGUUCCUAAACUGACUAAUUGGUAGCUGAAUCUUACUCCAACACUUAUUUAGUUAGGCAGGUUAGUUUGCUACAGCAAAAACAAAUGACUGCAUUGUGGCACCUUAAAGACUAAAACAUUGAUUCAAGCACCAAGCCUUCAUCCAGUUUGUGAAGUAUACAGCCUAAGUAAAGGGAGAAGGAAAAUGAUUAUUGGUUGCUGUUGCUGUUUUUGUUUUUUAAAAAGGUGGCACCAAGAGCUAGCAGUAGGUGUGUCACAAUAGUUUGUUGAGCCUAAUUGAGUGCAACUGCAUGCAUGUGAGUUUUUCAUAUCAAUGUGGAUUUCUUUUUCUAAGGUGAAGAAUGUCAACAUAUUUCAAAGUAUAACAAUAAAAAGAAUUUGGUCUGCUUUUUUUCUUACUGAGGUUUUUUUAUGUAGAAGUUUUAGUUGUGAUAAAGAAUAGUGUGAUCCAGACUUCAUUGACACUAAUGUUACUGCAUCUUUAAUUGGCUAAUAGGAGUUCUGUUUCUGAAGAUUGAAAUUAAUAAAAUUUCAGCUGCUGUUUAUGAAAUAUAAACAUCAAUCUUUUGUUUUGCAUGGAUUAAUAAGUUAUCUUUCUACAAUCUAAAAAUAACUACUAACCUGAGGAACAAGUUCAGUACAAGACUCCCACUGUGGGAGUAUUUAAAAAUAAGAAAUGCAAAAACAUAUAAAACAUGGAAAGUACAAUAGAAGCCUACCUAGAAGUGUCAUCCAGGGCUAGUUCUGGUAUAAAAUUUUCAUCUACAUCUAAGAUUAUGUAAAUAUGUGAAACACUAUGUUGGGAAAUAGCUUUUGUUGGAAAGAUUUCUGGGCAGGUGUUUAGAUUUUUGCCCACCUGUACUUGCAAAACUCUCCUUCAGAAUCAUGUGCAUGUUGUCUUCUUGCGUAAAGGAUUUUAAAUAUGCAUUCCAGUACCACAUUGGAUCCACCCCAUUAACCUCUGUGGGAUUGCAGUGUUCAAAAGCUUUUUAUGCUACCGUCACCUACCACGAAUCCUCACAUUGAACCGGAACUAAGCUUAAGUAUGUGGAAUUGCAUUUGUACAUACCAAUUUCCAAUUAGCACAGUAUCUCUCCUUCCCUCCCUGUUUUCUCUCCCGCUUUUCAAAAUGUAGAUUGUAAACUUCUGGGGGAAGGAACCUAUUUCUGUCACUUGGGCUAGUCUGUUAAGUUCAAUGUACAUUGAUGGAGUUAACUAAACAAUAACUGUAAUAUCAAGGUUUCAGAAGCUUUGAACAAUAAGUACAUAAAGUUUCAAGCUAUGUUAAGGUUAUAUAAUCAUAGAAUGAAGGCAUUGGUACCUGUUUGGUUUUUUUGUUAACUAAAGUAUUACAUAGGAGUUGUAAUUUCUAAUGAAUAGCUCUUUUGAGAAAAUUGAGUGGUUAAUGAUCAAUACAGUGGUGCCUUGCAAGACGAAAUUAAUCCGUUCCGCAAGUAUCUUCGUCUAGCGGUUUUUUCGUCUUGCGAAGCAACCCUAUUAGCGGCUUAGCGGAUUAGCGCUAUUAGCGGUUUAGCGGCUAUUAAAGGCUUAGUGGCUUAGCUGCUAAAAGGCUAUUAGCGGCUUAGCGGCUUAGAAAAAGGGGGGGGGAGCGAAAAAAAAUCUCAAGACUCGCAAGACAUUUUCGUCUUGCGAAGCAAGCCCAUAGGGAAAUUCGUCCUGCGAAGCGCAUCGAAAAACGGAAAACCCUUUCGUCUAGCGGGUUUUCCGUCUUGCGAGGCAUUCGUCUUGCGGGGCACCACUGUAUUUUCUGACAGUUAAUCUCUCAGAAGAUAUUGAUCAUUGAACCAGAUCCUUUUUUUCUUCUUCUUUUUUUUAAGUCUCCUUGUGGUUCAGCCUGUUUAACAGCAAGCAUGAGGGUGGAAAUUCCUUAGCUGCAGGUUCAGUCUGUUCAACAGCAGGUUAAAAUAGCUAUGUUUUUAAAAAUGUGCUGAAGUGCAAGUAAGAAUUAAAUCCCAUUUGCUUAAUGAAGGUAGAAAAAGGUGGCUGUGUUCUUUCCUUUUGAAAUAAUGGUUGUGUUUGGCAUAUUGUUUCCUUUUUGAGGUUUUCCUUCAUGAUUCCUGCUUGGGGAUCUGGGAUCAAUCAAAACCUAUUGCAGGCUUAUGUGAAAAACUGUUGUUUUAUUUUAAAAUUUGUUGAAUCUUUGAUGUAUACUUGUUGAAAGAUGUAAGACUUUUUGGUGCCACUUCCUCACCAGGUGUUUUAAUGUGGAAUUUCCACUCUUUACCCUGUGAAAAGCAAGUGAAAAUUGACAUGACAGAAAAUAUACAUGUUCAAGUUUGGAAAGUUUUGUAGCUUACAGUGAGAGAACAUUGAGAGUGUCACUCUAAAAACAUUAUUGUUUGGAAGCACCGUUCCUUUCUGAGGACAUGUCCAUAUAUUUUUUUUCAGUUUGCAUUUAUGAAAUUUGGAAUUUUAAGUAUUCCCUUUUAAAUGAUACCUACUCCAAAAUCAUGGGAAACAAUAAAUUAAUGACAGUGGAUAACUAUAGUUGGAAUGAUUGCAGUAUGCCUUGUAAAAACAAAUAGUACAUUUUGUGCAAAAAAGCCAAACCCACAAGUUUUAGAUGCUUAGAUUAUAUAGAUGCCUAUCUAGAUUAUAUAGAUGAGUUGAUGAGGAAAAAGGGAAGAAGAAAAGAAGGCCUAGCAUGUGUACCAGAAGUAGUAAACAGAGCUUCAUAAGCACAUUGAGCAUUAUCUCCUUCUGUAGUUAGUCAUGAAGAAGCUUUAUAAGCACAAGAGAGGUCUCUCCCACUUGCUGACCAUGGCUUGCAUCAGCAUUAUUAGUGUAGGAUGUUUGGCACACCACUAAUAAAUGAAUACUGGAUGGAAAUUGAUAGUUACGUCUCAAUAUUAUUGAUGCCAUUUCACUAAAGGCACAAUCCUGUACAUUGCUGCUCAAAAAGAAAUUCCCAAUAAGUUCAGUAAGCUCUGGAAACUGGGUGCAUGGUUGCAGCCUGAUUCUUACUGAGAUGUUCAGAGUCUUGUAGGCAUGGUCUCCAAAGGACUAGCAUUCUGUGUGCCUGGCAGUGAGAAAUGUGCUAAAUGUGCACUAUUCCAGUUUGUGGUUUUUCCUUCCUGCCACAAGUAUAGGGCUGGAUCCUGCAGUUUUUUAUUCGAGGCAGAGCACCAACUAGCUCUCUGUAAAUUUUAGCCUGUGUGUUUUUCUUCUCACAAGCCAAGGCAAAACAACAACAACAAAAAAAAACUUGUUACAAUUAGUAAAACUUCUUUUGACAAGCAGCUGCCAUUUGUGAUAUGAUGCAAAUGUGCUAGAAUGGCAGCAGUUGUUGUGGGCAGAGAGACCUGAGUUUUGCAAUUCAAAAAGGCUUUUGAUACUUGUUGUUUUGCUUUUAGGUUUGGGGGCAAUGACUUAUCUUCCUUUCAGGAUGGUUGACUUUAAAUUCUGUCAUGCAUAGAAUUCAAUACACUUCCUCCUUGGAUGGCUAAUUUGCAGCUGUAUGCAUUUUCUCUUUCUGCCCCCCUGUCCUGGUUUGGCUUGGCAGGGGAGGGGAGGGGAACUUGCACAUGGAGGGCUUACUCACAUGUGGGAAUUCAUGGCUAUCAGCCCCCUGCACACUUCCCACUUACUCUUGGAUAUCCUGUGUGAAAGACACCUGUACAAUUAGUGACCAAGGAAGGGUUGUUUAACACACUUGAGACAAGGCAGAGUUACCAGUACUGGAGGGUGGCAUGGAAGAAGGAGAUGGGAGGCAUUUGCAGGGCCAUACUAAAGAGGCAUGGUAUUCCUGCUUUACUUGUGCUUUGUUCUGUCACUCCACUUGUGCCAGUAGAAUGGAAGUUGCUAUUGGAUGUUGGGGGGUAUAUCUUACCCAAGGCAGAAUAUCUGUAAGGGGUCUGAUAAGGUAAGUUUUAGUGUAUUGCUUUUUUCUGCAUGUGUUGUACACAUGCAGGGCACUUUAUACAAUGUGCCCUGUCUCCCGUACCACAUGUUUUCUUAACAACAUUGCAAUGGAGUGGUAGGAGGUGGAGUGAGCAAUGUGUUUUGACUUUUAGUUGAGUUUGUUUUUUUUUACUUGCACCACCUCUUCCUUUUAUAGUAUGGGCUGUAAGCAAGAUCAUGGAAAGUUAUGGAUUCAGAGUGAAGGUGCCUUUCCAUUGCCCAUUUUUGGUCCCUGGACAGUUGGAGUUGUGCCAAUGGUGUGGAUAUGUUGGUGUAAUCUUAGGCCAGCAUCAUGGGCGUAGCCAGGAUUUUUGUGGGGGGAGGGCAGAACCUCAGUUAGCUAUGCAUUUUUAUUGAUUUUUAUUGAUUUAGGGGGGCGAUUGCCUCUCCCUUCCACCACCACCCUGGCUAUUCCCAUGACCAGCAUUGAUCCCUGAUGGUGACAUUGUCCUUUACUAGUGCAGGGGGAAUGCACCAGAUCUCAAAAACUUUUCAGCUGGCAUAAUUUGAGCAUAUGAUUUCACCUCUAGUCUCUGAUAUGUUUACUGGUGUGCUAAAAGGUUUCCUUGCAGGUGUAUCAGACUGGCAUGCAGAUUCUCCAUGUCAUCCUUCUUUCCAUUUCAAGUCUUUUCCAUGGUGUGGACAAACAUUUUACUUGUGCUCCAUGUGUGACUGAAAUUGUUUACCCAAGAAGGGAAUUUUCCCCUUCUGUCCAAAGUAUCAGGGAAAGUGCUUUCCGCUGUUUGCUUGAAUUGGAGUCAUUCAUAAGUCCUCAUGUUCUUCUAAAAUUAAAUGUGGGGUGUGUCGACACAAAAUCACUAGACCACAUACUUCACAGGGUAAAUGACUACAAUUUUCUUGACUCCACUCCGGCUGCAUGCAUCUUCAUGCUCUGUAUGUUGCCAUAGCAGAGAAAGACUGCGGUUUCUUGAAGUAGGAAUUCUCGUGUUGUUUAAGGGAAGGAUGAAAACUUCAUUGUGUAGCCUAAGUGAGAUGGCACCAUAUAGUAUAACAUUCCUGCAGUCUACCUGCUGCUCCUACAAAGGUUACAAACAGUAGUACAAACCUUUAAAAAAAAAAAGAGAGAGAGAGAAAGCUGAAGUUCUCACAUGAUGAAUUUUGUGCCCAGUACCAGAUUCUGUGCUUGAGCCCUGUUCUAGGGCUUGCAAUAUUUGUCAUGAUCUAUCAAUACAGUGAAAAGUCUGAAGUUUGUUCUGUGUUUGUUUUUAUACCUCAGCUGAGCUGUAUGAGUGAACUGUAUGAAAUUUCCUUAAAGAGGCUCCUUAUUUUUGCAGUCAACUCGUAUAACUCGAAUGUGUAAAUAAACUCGAAACAGGAGUCUAAUGAACUUUCGCAGUAGAAGCAGGUACACAAUAAACACUUUCUGUGAUUUGGCUCAAGGCACUUGCUGUGUUUCGGUGAUAAAAAAAAGAAAGAAAAAGAGAUUUAUUGCCCCCCUCUGCAUGCAGAAGAUUAUUAUGUAUUUAUUUAUAGAAUGCCGUUCUCUUAGUGGAGCCCAGAUUACAAGUUAAAUGUCCAGCAUUUCCCAGAAGGGCUGGCUAAGACUCUUGUCUGAAACUCUGGAGAGUCCCUGCCAGUCAUUGUAAACAAUACUGGGCAAGAUGGACCAAUGGUCAAAUUCAGUAGAAAGUAGGUUCCUGUGUUUCAGGAGUUUGAUCACACUAGCUUUACUUGCACAUGAUCUUUGUUUCAGUCCUUAGCAUUGCCAGGUAGGGGUGGGAAGUCCUCCUGCCUGAAACAGUGGAAAGCCACUCUGAGUCAGUAUAGACAGUACAGAGCUGGAUGGCCCAAUGGUCUGACGCGGUAAAAGGCAACUUCCUAGGCACACACCAAAUUAUUAACAUGUGCCUGCUUCUACAGCAACAGAGAGGAACGAAAAGAAAUUAGAUCAGGCACCCCCAAACUCGGCCCUCCCACUGUUUUGGGACUACAAUUCCCAUCAUCCCUGAUCACUGGUCCUGUUAGCUAGGGAUGGUGGAAGUUGUAGUCCCAAAACAGCUGGAGGGCUGAGUUUGGGGAUGCCUGAAUUAGAUAGUAGUGCAUGCUUCUAUCUUAGAUUUAAGAUCUUCAACAAGGGAAUUGAUGAGAAAGGGAGAAAGCUAGCAGUUUUUCUGAACCGUCACUUCUUUACUUCUGCCUUAAUGGAUGAUUCAUGGCAGUGUGAACUUGCACUUAUUUGAUUCGCUGCUUCUUCCUCCUAGUACAGAAGCAGCAAUGGGUUUUUUUAUGCUUGUAUUCAUAGUCCUUUAGCUUUUUUGCACUUGGGUUAUGAUUAAUUGACUAAAACCUUUUUAAUCAAUUUGAGACAUGCAUUUUUUUUUAAGUACGUGCAGAAUCCACAGGCUUCAUCUUCGAUGAGGCAGUCCCUCCUGCCUUUGGGAAUGCCUUUGUGCCAGCUUCUGCCUGCUGGUGCUGCAUGAUCACUGAGGCAGGCACUAACACCUCCUUUGCUUUGUGGUUGGCUGGACCAGCAUACAUUUCAUUCACCUCGGAUGCUUUUCCAGAUUUAGCCCUCUUCAUUGCCUUCGCUCCCUGCAUCUCUCUUAUCACAGGCACCUGGCAUUAAAUGGUAUGGUGGAAAAGAAGUGUGUGUUAGAAAGAGUGCUGGGAAAGGCAUCAAAUUUAAUAGUGGAGAAGUCUCUCACAGGUGAUAGCUCCACUUAGAAUAGACUAGUAGAGGCAUAACUUGUCUAAAGUGUGUGACUUGCUACAAGCCCUUUGGGUUUGCGCAGUUUGUAAAUGAAAGUUCCUUUCAGAAGACAAUAUCAUGCAGAACAAAGCAAUCAUUUCCUCUUUCUUCCACAGGGUACUACUUCAGUGCACCACAGAUGUUUCUGGGCUUUUGCUGUUUCUUUAGUGAAGAUGUGCAACAAUUAUAAGGUUAAUUUUUUAGGCUGUGUUGCUAACAGUGUGUGAGAGCCCUCCUACAUUGGUGCCACCUGUUCAAUAAUAGCCUUUGGAGUCAUGUUUACUAUACAUUAGGUAUCCCAAGGCAGUAGUGACACAACAAACAUAGUUUCCAUUUAUAAAUCCUUGUCAACGUUUAGGAGUUGUGGACAUUUGAAAAGAUGCUGUGCAGCAUGAUUCUGUGUGUGGUUUGCACAGAAGCACCUCUCAGAAACCAAAGGCACAACAGCCUUCAUUAAAUCUUGCAAUCCUUAACCUUCAGAGAAGAAAAGGUUGCCUCAUUAAUGGGAAUUUGCAGAGUUGUGGAAAAUAGUUUCUUCUUGUCUUUUCUCCUGCACCCAAUCUAAAGACGAAAAUUCAUUACUAUCACCAUUCUGGAAAAAGAGGUGAAUAUUUGCAUAAUUGUUCUGCAUGACACAGCAAGAGGUCCUGGGUGCUGCUGCUUCACUGCCACAUGACUCUUCGAUAUCUACCCCAUUUUUGCUAAUUAUAUCUGUUCCUGACUUGCCCAUCUGGAGUGUUAACAUAUAACACUCCAGGUAGUAAUCUCUGCAUGGUACAAGUGAAUUGGCAAAUGAUGAAGACAUACUUCUUUACCCUGGCAUUUGAUACCUCUGAUUUUAUGACCCACCCUAUUUUUCUUUGUAGUUGUGAAUUUUUAAUUUUUUUAAUUGUAUUUUAAACUGUAACCUAUUCUGGGACCUAGGGCUGAAGUGCAGAUGGUGACAAUUAGCCUCAUACCAUAAGGAGAAGGAAACAAGUACAUAAUAAAAGCCUUGUUGGAUUAGCCUAAAGGUCCAUCUCCUCUAUCUUCCCACUGUGGGCAACCAGAUGCCUCUAGACAGCAUGGCAGGAGUGAAUGUAGGAUCUCUCUGGCCCUGUGAGCCAUAUUCUCCUAGGCCAACAACUGUCUGGAGUAAGUUUAAUGCUACACUGUGGAUUUGCAGAACCCUGCCCACAACAAUACUAUAUGUUUGUUUCCAUGAAUUUGAUCCAGAAACAGCAGUUCUGCUUUUGCAUCUCUUAAUACACUAUUACAUACUCACCAGCUUCCUCAAGAGGUGAGAAGUAGCAUUUGAAUAUAAGAUGACUGGAUGGUGCCUUUUUAUGUGAGUAAGGUGGCUUUGCAAAAUUUGUUUAAUUUAAAUAUAAACAAGCAUAGUGUAUUAGAAGCAAAUUGCAGACAAAUCUGCAAUAGAAAGAGGGUUGUGGGAUCCCAUUUUUAAAAGCAAAACUGCUGGGUGGGUGAAGAGGGCCUCCUCUCUAUUUCUCUGAUCUAGCUCUCUGUAGCCCUUUUGUCCAAGUGGCUUGAGAUGGAGGCUGCGUGCAGGUAAACCACACAUGGGAUUCGAGGAUUCUGUGUGUCUCAUUUACACUUCUCUUUUGCUUCGAAAAUCUGAUCUCCCUCUUUUUAUGUAAUGAGGGUGAUGCCAGACUUUGAAUAUGAAGAACUGUCAAUGUCAUGGAAAGUCUAACUUGCAGGCUGGCUUGUAUUUCCCCCAGCCUGGCUGGUUGCAGAUGUGUGUCCUGGCUGAUACAAUUCUAUUUUAAGGGGUGAGUAGGGCAAAAGUGUCUGAUUUAAAAGCUGCUACGUACUAUCUGCUGACCACAAUACAUAAAGUAUUUUUCUGAAUUAUUUUUCCGAAGUAUUCCUCUUUCCUUUUGUAAUUAUUUGACUGUGUUGAAAGCUCUCUUCCAGUCCCUGUUCUUAUAGUGGUUAUGCAAAAGCCUGAUUUCAAUAAUGAUACGGUUGUUUACCUAUCAUGAUGCAGUAGCUUUUGGGUUCGGUCAUAGUGAAACAGACAGUGUCCAUAGUGAAACAAAUUGUGGCUUCCUGCCAGCCUGUUAGGUUGUAACCAGAGUCACUAGGAUCCAAUGCCCAAGCUAUGAUACUUGAGAGUGUUAAUUUGAAUAAACUUGCAAAAUGGCUUUUAUUCACUUUCUUAUCUAAAACAGAUGUUCUGAUUCAUGGUUCGUCUUGGGUGUACCAUUUUGUUUCUUCAACUGGGUGUCUGUGGUCACAUGAAAAAAUCAACAAAUGUGGCCUUCUAACUGCUUGCAGGUCUCUUGAACUGUUCAUUUCCUCUGCUUUAAUGCUUACUUACCUAGGCCAGACUUCCUGUUUAUGGUCAGUCAGAGGAAGGGCUAAGUGAAGUUCGCUAUAAUUCUCUAAACGUACUCUGCAAAUAGGUUUGGUUUGGACAUAUUCUAGGCAGCCUUCCUUUUUUAUUAUUAUUUUACAAAAUUCAUACCCUGCCUUGGACAUAAGGCUGAAAAGCACUUCUGUUGACUGGUUUUACUGUCCAAAAAAUCCUUCCCCUCCCCAUCCCCUUACUUCUGAAUUGAAACUGAUUGGGUGUGGGCUGUGGAAGAAGGCUGGCAUGGCCUCGUGAAAGGGAGAAGACCAAGGUGGCUUAAUGGUACAGGUUCUGAAGGGGUGUGUGUGUGUGUGUAUAAUUGAGGUCAAGCCAAUAUUGUCAGUAUGAUUAAAACAGUGGGGAACCUACCCCUGUUUAUCUGCAUUAGAUCACCCUUCCAUCUCCAUAUCUCUACCCAUUUAUUGGUCCUCCUGAGUGUCACCAAGACAGUGGGCUUCCAUAUUGGUAGCUGAUCUUCUGAGGCUUCUGCAGUGGGUGGAGAUAUCUGCUGGUGCAAAAUUGGACAACCAACAGACUGUGAGCUGCAUGUGGCCCCCUAUCUCAUUUUAUGUGCUUCCUGAAGCAUCUCCAUUCUUCCAUCCCAUCAGACUUCCUUCCUUCCUUCCUUCCUUCCUUCCUUCCUUCCUUCCUGUCUGUUUUCUCCUCAUUUUCCUUGGCUUUUAAAAGGUGGUUGUUUCUUCUUUCUAUGUAGUUUCAGUCUGGAUGGACUGAACAGUUUUUUGAGAGAAAUAAAUUGAAGUAUGUUUCACUAUUUUCCUAGUUGUAUGGCUUCUUCUCUGUCUCCUGCCUUGCACCACCAUCACCCCGGCUAUUUGAGAAGAAUUAGUUUACUUUUGCCAUGUGUGUAGACACACAUACACACGGCAGACGCCUACCAGUUUUUGCUGGGGAGUGCGUGGGUGAAUGAGGAACAAAGCAUCCACACCCACAAUCACUUUUUACAGAUUUGAGUGUAACUUGCAUUUGCUUUUUAAAGCAGGAGCUAUAUUGGUCUGUUUUAUUCUUAAAAAUCCCUCUCUGAGCUUCAUUCAACCUAACUACCCCAGCGGAACUUCGUUAUAAGCAGAAAUGCAUAGUGCUGCGAAUUCUAAGAAGAGGUAACCAUGGUGAAAAUUGUAGCGGGGUGACCUUUAUUCCAAAUUAGUUAGCCCAGAAUACUUGUCUCUCUGGCUCUGCUCCUCAUCAGUUCUGACUUUGUUCGCCAUAGUAUACCUCCAAAGGAAUAUGUCCCCUGCAAAGGAAAUCGGUUGCCCACCUCUGGCCUACUGUAGUCUAUUGCUGUAUGGAAUAAAGCAAGGCAAGCUACCAUUUUCAUUGAAAUAUGAAUUGAGAAUGUUGCAUAAUUUAGCAAAUUCACUAGAUUCCAUUCUGAAAGAUUCAAACUGGUGAAGAUAACAUAUAUAUAAAAAACUUGAUUGACAGGGCUGGUACUAUAGUUCCCAAUUAAAGCCCAUCAAAUGUAUUAUUAGUGAUCUAAAGGCCAGUGAUCUAUAGCACCAAACACCUGCUUACCAGCAACUGCAGUUCACAUAACAGAUACAGGGACUGGCUCAGACCCUGCGGCAGAUCCAGAUGCCAGAUGUGUUGCCCUCUCUACUCUGGCAGCACUAUUACAGGAUCUAAUAAUGCCAUCCACAAAACCAGGGGUUAGUUUACUUGUUUAUUUUCCAAUGUGAUAUAUGGCAUCAUCUGCCAGCACUGCUCUUACUAGCAUUCUGUGUAGAACAAAUAUAGACCAUUCUCUAUGUGAACGGAAAUCUGCAUUAAAAAUGGCAAUAUGGAGAAACGGGUGUGUGGUGUGUGUGUGUGUGUGUGUGUGUGUGCAUUUCAACCUUCCAGGACGCUUUGUAACUGACUGUAAAGUGACCACACUGGAACAGAGGAAAUUCAAAGGUAGAGUGCAGUGUAAAACCAUUGAAUUGCAAUACAUCAAGAGGUUCAGUGCUAUCACUUAUGGACUGAAUGAGCACAAUAAUCUUAUCAUGACAUUUUUUUUAAUUGGCUUAUUGAUGGCAAUAUGUCUCUGUUGGUUUUUGUGAAUAGCUGCUGUUAAGAAUCUAAUUAUCACCAUCUGUGCAUUUCUGCAUUUCAUUUCCUUCUGAGCUCGCUGAUUACAACCCCCUCAUGUGUUUCAUUUAAACCUGAAACUCAGUGUAACACUCAUGCAUCUGAUGGACUGUGCUACACAGAAGCUUAUGUAUAAUGGUUGUGUAAGUCUUUGAAGUGCCAUGAGACACUUUGCUGUUUUAUAGUGAACAUUUGAAUUUAAAAUGCAUGUGUUCAAACUUAGGACUUCUUGCUUUACUAAGCGAUGGCUGUGGUUAGAGAAAUUAUAGCUGCUGUGUGGGGUCUAUAUUUUUCUAAACUCUGUGGUUUUGUUGCAGUGCCUCCAACUAAAUGCACGUGGCAUUAUGUCUUUGGACACACAGCCCUUAUGUAACCUUGAUGUUAGCAGUCUGUAUUUUAAGUCCUGGAAAUCCUUAAUAAAUUUUGUUGCACUAAAAUUAUGUGUUUGUAAAAUUAUGUGCGUCUCCUCUAGAAGAAAUAGCUUUUAAUUUACUGUGUAGAUCACAUUUUCAGCUUUAUUUCUGAAGAUAAAUGUUACAUUGCUUUAAUCAGAUGUGUAUCCCAUUUACUUUUGAGACUGCUUCAGAAGUGGCACCAUGUGAUCUUUGUGUUGCAUCCUAGGGUAUAUUUGAUAGUCAAAAACCAAAUGGUAAAAUGUAAGAAUGAAGCCAUUGUUUUUGCCCUUGAGGACAGUAAGGCAGAUUUGCAAAAGGAAACAAAGGCUUCUUAAUUUUGUGCUUCUGAUUUGCACACUUUCCAACCUUUCUGAGGUUGAGGAGUGGAAAUAAGAGUCAAGUUCCUUCUCUGAAAAAACAAAACCCCACAUUCUUCAAAAUGACUACACUACAGCUUUUUCCAGAAUAGAGUAGCACCUCUUAAAUUCAGAUGCCCUAGGUAGCCAUCUUCAUUUAUUUUAGAUUUGACCUACCCUGUGAUUAUGGAAUAUCUUGUUUUUUGCAUCACUACUACAGAGAAACAGCCCCAGUCCAGGAGACUUCCAUGUUUAUGUCUCAUUGAAAUCAAUAGGACAGGUUAGUCAUGACUAAUUCAAAUUCCAUUUAUUUCAGUAAGAAUUGCGCCCUGCUAACUUUUUGUGGAACAAGAUUCAUGUCACUUGCCCCUGCCAUUAACAGUACCUAUUUUCAUUUUGAGUGAUUAGAACACCACAACAACCUUGGAUUACUUGCUCAGUUCAUCCUUUACAUUUCAGAAUACUUCUUUUUAAAGAGACAGUGCUCACAUCUAUGUAAGCAUGCAUUAAAAUUGAACCAUAUUCUGUCUUUAGGACUAGAUUAGAUGUAUUUUAGGAUGCUCGUAUUGUAAACCACCCUGUGAUGCUCGGGUGAAUGGUGGUAUAGAUAUUUAAUAAAUGGUGAUGAAGAACAUGAUGAUGAUGAUAAUAAUAUUACAGGGAAUCAGGUGACAUCUAACUUGAAGAGGUGCUGUACUGUUAAAAAAAAAAAAGUUCAAGCGUGUAUUUGGGUGGCACAGAUAGCCUGUGCUCCAGAAUCUUGAAAUCUACCACAUUCUUCCGCAUUUUAUUGCGGGUUCAUUUAUACAGCAGGGGGUCAAGGCUAAAAUGGGGGCAGGGAGGUCCUAUGAAGGAACAUACUCCCCUUGCCCCCUUGUGCCUCUGCAUGCAAUGCAAUGCAAUGCAAUGCAAUGCAAUGCAAUGCAGGGCAGCAACAGGCAUGCAUAGUUUCUGCUUAAGGCAGCUAUAGGAACACAGGAAUCAAGCCAUUAGUCCACCUAGCUCAGUGCUGUCUGGAAUGACGGGCCAUGACUCCAGAGUUUCUGAUGGAAUUGCUGCUGGAAAGUGAAACUGGGACGUUCUGCUUGCAAAGCAAAUGGUCUGUUACUGAAGCUUUCCCUGUAAAAAGCCAAUUUGCUUUUUGUUGUUGCUUUUUGUAUAAUAACAAAAAAACCCAACACCCUAUUUCAUCACAUUUUGCUGAUUUUCUUAAACAUGCAACGUUCAUUAGAGCUGAAUAAUCCUAAAAGGUGAGCCUUUAAUGUUUGUACCACUACAUUAUGUGAAUAAUCUGAAUUAUGCUCAGCAUUAACAAACUGGAACAAACUGUGGUAUGGCUCAAUAAACACAUUUGAGUGACAAAAGUACAAUUAUUUUUUUACUGCACAUGUAGAAAGGUUAACAGUAACCCUUGACCUGUAAAGAAAUGAAGUAGACACAGCCAUCAGUUCUUGUAUCCAGCCUGCAAAGCGGAAUGAAACCACUUCCUCAGUUUACAAAUAAGUGUUUUAUCAGAAGAAUGCACAUUACUUGUGUUUUGGGUAAAUUGAAAUUUCUUUCCCUAACAGGACCAGUGGUCAGGGAUGAUGGGAAUUGUAGUCCCAAACAUCUGGAGGGCCGGAGUUUGCCUGUGCCUGCUUUAGCAAGUUGUAGAAUGCGAGAGAGAGACAUACCAGUUCUCAAUUUUUGCAGGCUUCCUGAAACUUGGAGCAGCGCUGCAGUUUUAACACCAGCUUUUCACUAAGGAAAAAAAGUUCCUCAUGGCUGUGAUGAAAAAUUUUCAGCAAAUGUUUUUGGGGAGUGCAGACAGCAGGAUACCUCUUCAACUAUUCCUGUGCAGUCCUCUGCUUGCUCUCCAGUUGUUAAACUGAGGAAUACUGCAAAUUAACUUGUGCUCUUUUUGCUUUCUUUUCCGCAGUUUAUUAGGCAUUGCAGUUUAUAAACUACUUGCCAAUUUAUAAACUAGUGUCUAAGUAAGCAAACAGUCAUUCAUUCUCUGCAUGAGAGCAUAUGUUCAGUUGACACUUAUGUUUUUCUUUUCAGUGGAUUUGAUGGAAAUAAAGGAAAUCCGACCAGGAAAAAACUCAAAGGAUUUUGAGCGGGGGAAAGCAGCACGGCAAAAAGAUGACGUUUGUUUUACUAUUUUCUAUGGUACUCAGUUUGUUCUCAACACCUUAAGCUUAGCAGGUAAAUGUGUUUUCUUUGGAUUUAUCUUUUUACGAUCAGGGAUGAAAACCCCACCUCUUCCAUGUUGUCUUUAGUUUAUCCUCUUAAUCCAUAUUCUCAAAUGUAACCGAGUUUUAAAAGUUCUUUUCUAUUCCAUUCACCUCUCCUUCUACUCUGUUUUCUCUCCCUGAGUUUUCUCUGUGUGUACUUCUCCAUGUCUUAUAAGAUGAAGUAGCCUUGCAAAUAAGUACCAAAAAUGCUGCAUACACUUAGUUAUGUUGUGUCUUUUGAAUUAAUAUACGCCACCUCUUGGCCCUUAGCUCUGACAAGUUUCUUGCUUGGAAAGCAGCCUGGCUCACUUUAAGGCCUGAUUAAAAGCUGAGUGGUUAAAACUAAGAAAAUGGAAGUACUCUUACUGAAUGUGGUAGGCAGUUUUAAAAAACAUACUUGAUUUCUUAUUCUGAUUUAACCUUAUAUUUAAUCUAUCUGAGACUCUGUGGACACAUCCUAUGUUGUUGUUGUUUAGUCGUUUAGUCGUGUCCGACUCUUCGUGACCCCAUGGACCAGAGCACACCCGGCACUCCUGUCUUCCACUGCCUCCCGCAGUUUGGUCAGACUCAUGCUGGUAGCUUCGAGAACACUGUCCAACCAUCUUGUCCUCUGUCGUCCCCUUCUCCUUGUGCCCUCCAUCUUUCCCAACAUCAGGGUCUUUUCCAGGGAAUCUUCUCUUCUCAUGAGGUGGCCAAAGUAUUGGAGCCUCAGCUUCAUGAUCUGUCCUUCCAGUGAGCACUCAGGGCUGAUUUCCUUAAGAAUGGAUAGGUUUGUUCUUCUUGCAGUCCAUGGGACUCUCAAGAGUCUCCUCCAGCACCAUAAUUCAAAAGCAUCAAUUCUUCGGCGAUCAGCCUUCUUUAUGGUCCAGCUUUCACUUCCAUACAUCACUACUGGGAAAACCCUAGCUUUUACUAUACGGAUCUUUCCAGCUAGGGAUUCAUCCAGCCCAGCCUUUCGCAUGAUGAAUUCUGCAUAUAAGUUAAAUAAGCAGGGAGACAAUAUACAGCCUUGUCAUACUCCUUUCCCAAUUUUGAACCAAUCAGUUGUUCCAUAUGCAGUUCUAACUGUAGCUUCUUGUCCCACAUAGAGAUUUCUCAGGAGACAGAUGAGGUGAUCAGGCACUCCCAUUUCUUUAAGAACUUGCCAUAGUUUGCUGUGGUCGACACAGUCAAAGGCUUUUGCAUAGUCAAUGAAGCAGAAGUAGAUGUCUUUCUGGAACUCUCUAGCUUUCUCCAUAAUCCAGCGCAUGUUUGCAAUUUGGUCUCUGGUUCCUCUGCCUCUUCUAAAUCCAGCUUGCACUUCUGGGAGUUCUCGGUCCACAUACUGCUUGAGCCUUCCUUGUAGAAUUUUAAGCAUAACCUUGCUAGUGUGUGAAAUGAGUGCAAUUGUGCGGUAGUUGGAGCAUUCUUUGGCACUGCCCUUCUUUGGGAUUGGGAUGUAGACUGAUCUCCAAUUCUCUUGCCACUGCUGAGUUUUCCAAACUUGCUGGCAUAUUGAGUGUAGCACCUUAACAGCAUCAUCUUUUAAAAUUUUAAAUAGUUCAGCUGGAAUACCAUCACUUCCACUGGCCUUGUUAUUUGCAGUGCUUUCUAAGGCUCAUUUGACUUCACUCUCCAGGAUGUCUGGCUCAAGGUCAGCAACCACACUACCUGGGGUGUACGAGCCAUCCAUAUCUUUCUGGUAACAACACUAAUGUCUGUGCACAGUAUUUGGGUGACUAGGAAGGGAGCAUGUCAUCCUAGAAAAUUGCAGACUAUCAAGAAGUCUGAGAAUGUACAAACCAUGCUCUGAUGUUUAGAAGUCAUGUUCAUUUCAAGGGAUAUGUGGAAUAUCGAGGAAGGAGAAAGCACAUAUGCAUUACCUCUGUGCUACAAAAUGAAAAUCAUUUUCAUAUAUCCAUAAUUAUCCCUCUUGAAGCUUUAAAAAUCCUAACUUUUAGUGCCAUUCUUUUUUAAAGGAAUGCCUUUUUGGUGAGAUUUUACUAUUUCUUCCUGAUUGAGUGUUCCUUCACAUACCAUUUAAUUUUGCAGCUGACUCAAAGGAUGAUGCUGACAAAUGGCUGUGUGGCUUGAAUAUCUUGCAUCAAGAAGCAGUGAAUGCUUCCACUCCAGCAAUUACAGAGAGGUAUGUGGAAGGAACCAUUUCCCAUUUUUCUUAUGAUAGGAAUUUAAGAGUUUAGGAAUGCAAUUAAUUCCACAGGGUAAGAAAAGCAGCAACAACUUCUUAAUGUGCUACGCCAUGUGUUCUGUACUUGGUACUGAAGAAUGCUAAAUUGUGGUUUGAGGACCCGAUCCCCGCUUUGAGGAAUAAAGACAUGUGGACACAGUGUACAGUGGUGCCUCGCAAGACGAAAUUAAUCCGUUCCGCGAGAGUCUUCGUCUAGCGGUUUUUUCGUCUUGCGAAGCAACCCUAUUAGCGGCUUAACGGAUUAGCGCUAUUAGCGGUUUAGCGGCUAUUAAAGGCUUAAAGGCUUAGCGGAUUAGCUGCUAAAAGGCUAUUAAAGGCUUAGCAGAUUAGAUAAAGGGGGGGAAAAGCGGAAAAAAAAUCUCUAGACUCGCAAGACAUUUUCGUCUUGCGAAGCAAGCCCAUAGGGAAAUUCGUCCUGCGAAGCAACUCAAAAACGGAAAACCCUUUCGUCUAGCGGGUUUUCCGUCUUGCGAGGCAUUCGUCUUGCGGGGCACCACUGUAUAAGGUUAAUGGGCAAGAAAAGGCCACAACUUUAUUGAUUACAGCAAGUGAGAAGGUAUUGGCUUAGGCAUUGGCCCACGGAAGAUUGACUCCACCCACUUGGAGAGGGGUGAGCCUAAAGAGGGGUUAUUCACCAGUAGGGGGAGCCUGUUGAUGCUAAUACAACUAUAAGCUCUCUCCUGAUAAAAUAAUUGAAGUGGCCCUUUGGCCCUCAGCUCACAUAGAGACUCAAACUUGACAGUGAGCAAUAGGUUCAUGGAGCUCUCAUUUUUCUUGAAGUGGUAAAUAUAGUUUUGGAGGGUGGUUUGGAUUGGGCCCAUGGUGCUGCAGGUAUGGAAGUUAAUCCCUUUUCCCUGUCCUUUUUUCUGUUUCAAACUGUCUCUCUGAAUAUGCUCUCUGGGGGUGACACAGAGAGAAAACAGGGGUGUGGGGGGGAAUUUUGACCUCCAAUGCAGCCCUGAUCUAAAUCCUGAUGUAAAUCCCUGUCAUUCACCUGGUUCACACAUCAUGUCAAGCGUAUUGAAAAUAAACUAUGGUUUAACAUGAAUGAGUAAUGUGCUUCUCAAGUCACAGGUGCUUCACUUCUCCAUGCCAGGAAACAAGGUAUGGUCUUUGGGUUUAUUUCCAUCCAGGCAAGUCAUAAAUAGUAAGGCAAGAACAGACUUUGGCUUGUGCUCAUGAUGAUGGCUUGUUUCCUGGCAGCAGUGGAGGAGCAAAGCGCCUGUGCUGGCAGCACACUGUUUAUUCACACAAACCAUUGUUUAUUUUAACUAUGUUUUAAUGUUACAUGUGAACCAGGUCAUUGGCAUCAUGUAUAAUAUUUGCAGUAUUGUUUCUUACAUGGCAUGAGUUGGUUUUCCUUGUUAGCACCUCUUUUGUACAAAGAGGAGAAGAGCAGAAAGAGGGCUAGAAGACCCAUGCAAAUAGGAAGAAGUAAUUUAAAUUGCUGCUGUUAUUUGUUUGUUUUUCUCCAACUCCUGCAAAUGAAAAACUGAUAACAGAAUGAAGAGGCAAUUCUGCUUCCUUUUAUCUGCACUGAAGCUAAAAUUGCUGAAUGAGUUUGUUUAGUUCUUCAUAAAACUUACCAGUGCUGUGUCUUAUGUAUUCCUUAUAGCUGGCUCAGAAAACUGAUUUACUCUGUGGAUCAGUCCAGAAGAAACAGGUAAAAUUGCUGUCUUCAAUGUCUGCAUUGUUUGUGCUUGGGUCUGUCUUUGUUUGCAACUUUUUAAUUGGGAUAUCAGUACAGUGGUACCUCGGGUUGCAUACGCUUCAGGUUACAUACACUUCAGGUUACAGACUCUGCUAACCCAGAAAUAUUACCUUGGAUUAAGAACUUUGCUUCAGGAUGAGAACAGAAAUUGUGCAGCAGCGGCGCAGCGGCAGCAGGAGGCCCCAUUAGCUAAAGUGUUGCUUCAGGUUAAGAACAGACCUCCAGAACGAAUUAAGUUCUUAACCCAAGGUACUACUGUACAGUAAUAUAUAUAUGUAGGCAUGCAUAUUGAACUCUUACAGAAAUCAGGCCUGAAUAGGGGUGUAGUUGCUCUUGAGCAAAUCCAUAGUUGAUCCAUAGUUGAUUAUUGCAUCCUGUUUUUGCAGCCUGCACCAAAGAUGGGUGGUGGUGUGAUCUGAAAGUCUCCCAUCAUAUGAGGAGUAGUUUUCCUGAUUGUGUAUAGUCUUCUUUAGAUGUUCCUUUUGAAUGUAUGAAAGGCAAGAAGCAACACUUGUAGUGAGGACCCCCCAUUCUGAAAACCCUACACCAGGCAUAGGCAAACUCGGCCCUCCAGAUGUUUUGGGACUACAACUGCCAUCAUCCCUACCUAGUCAGGGAUGAUGGGAAUUGUAGCCUCAAAAAAGUGGAGGGUUUGCCUAUGCCUGCCCUACAUGCUAGUAAGGCAGCCCCUGCAGACUACCUCCUAUAAUGCAUUGGCUGGGAAAGGUGCCUGGUUGUCAUCAAGGGAGUUUCACUUGCCCAUUCACCCAUUCAGAGUGAACAUCUGAAGAGGGUUUACAUUGUUAAAGCCUAAGGGCAUAUAUGUACCACAGACUUUAAAUUGGUUUAGUAGUAAUUUCAUAUUCCAAGGAAACUAGUCGUGGUGGACUAGGAAUUUCCAGCAAGAUUCUUGGCACCUCCACACACUGCAAUUUUCCAAUUGUGGUGUAGGAGUCAUGAUGAUAAUUAAACUGAUAUAAAACCAAUAUAUGUUUAUAAUGAAGGCAAAACUUACUAUUAUUGUGGCCUGCAAUGGUUAUCCCUUUGACCAGGUGGCAAGUUAGUGGAAGCCUUGCAAAGGGGCUCACGCAAAUUUGGAACAGACAUUGAAGGAUGGGAAGGGACUGAAAAUGCACAUGAGAAGUUUGGUUUGGACAUCUUAAGUAAGGCAGACUGGGGGAUGUUGCCAUAAAUUAGUGUUCAGUGAUGUUUGGGAAGAGAAGCUGAAGUAUUGGACCAGCAGUGGAAUGAUCUCCUACCAAAUAGCUGACACAGUUUAUCAAUGCUUGAUCAACAAAGAGUACUGCAGCACUUUUACAGAUGGAUAGGUUACUUUAUGCCACAAUUAGGGCUCAUCCUUUGUGCUGCACUUUCUAGGCAUAGGUCUGCACUUUGAAGCUCCAUGUCCAAGCGGGCUUUUUUUGGUCCUGGUGCUUUCCCUGGGAAAACCCAUGUUUUACCACUGAAUCAGAGCAAAUGGCCCAGGGAAAGUGCCAGGACUGAAACAAAACCAAAAAACCACUACCACUUGGACAUAGAGCUUUAAAAUACGGACCUAUGCCUAGAAAUGCAGCAGAAAAUGAAGCCUGGAUGAGCCCUCAGUCUGUAAGUCCUUAAGAUGCCAUAAGACUUGUAGGCAAUUUUGCUGCAAGAGAUUAAUACAGCUACCCCUCUGGAAGUUGUAAAUGAUUGAUCAAUGCAUUUCAGUGCAUGUAGCUUCUGUUAGUAGUAUGUGACAGCAACAGGGUCAGGUUAUUCAGCAAGAGAAUUUUUAUGACUAAGGUUGAAUUUUUCUCUCGGAAGAAGGGCAAAGUGCCAACUGCAGAGUGUAUAUUUGAUGGCAGCUGUGCUGGCACCUGUGUUUAGAUAUAAAACACCACAAUAAGGAAAGGUUGUGAUGCAUGGGAGAUCCUUGGAGCAGCAACGCCUUUGCAGUUGCCAUAAAUGUGCCCUAUCUGACCUUAAAUCCUUUUUGCUGUGUUUUGUUCACAACAUGGAACAGCAACACAGCUGAUGUUAUCCCAAGAUUAAGGAAGAGAGAACUGGUAGCAUUGCUUUUUGGGCUCCAUAUUUAGCAGGGAAAAACAUGAACUUGGUUUGAACCUUCAGAAUCCUGAUAGUUGAUUAGGAGGUGCAUGCUUAGCAAAGUGUAAAAUCCCAAGUUCAGACCUUGGCAUGUCCAUUUAAAUGAUCUCUAGUAGUGGGUCUGAGAAAGAUUUUUGCCCAAGACUUGGGGGAGCUGCUGUCAGUCAGUAUUGGCUAAUUGGACCAGUUUUCAAAUUCAGUAUUGUGAUGUGCAGGAGAUCUUUAGUGGAACAAAUCUUAGGCAAGCUACAUUAGGUGUUGGGAAAGUGGAAAUAUGCAUAUGUAGUAUCUAUUUCCCCCCCCAAAUUAUUUUUAACAUUUCACUCUCUUGCCCUUUGAGUUGAUAGGAGACUGAAUAUGGAAAAGCAAAGGUAACUGAGAGGGUAAUGUGAGGGCUUACUUAGAAUUCAAAGGCCACUUCCUUUUCAACAUUAAAAUUGUAUUCAGACUAAGGUGAAUGCAGUGUCAAAGUCCACCUACCUUAAAUUUAAAUUCAGCAAGUGUAUAAUGGAAUUAUAUUGACAGGAAAUAUCUCAGACACAAAGUCAGAGAGUAGUACAGGCACCAACACUGAGCUCUCUGAUUGCUGAAAUCUGGUUUCUAAGACACAUCUUACACAUUUUGAUGAUGAUGAUGAUGAUAAUUUUUUAUACCCUGCCCAUCCAACUGGGUUUCCCCAGCCACUCUGGGUGGCUUACAGCAUAUCUAAAGACAUAAAAAACAGCAAGCAUUUUUUUUAAAAAAAACAACAACCCCCAAUACAGGGCUGCCUUCAGAUGUCUUCUAAAAAUGUAAUUCAUUAUCUCCUUGACAUCUGAAGGUAGGGCGUUCCACAGGGAGGGUGCCACUACCAAUUGCUUUUCUCUGCAAUCAUGAGAUCUAGCCACAAAUUCCUAUAAUUAAAUAUUAAAGAAGCUUCAAAUACCCCUAGUUCUUGAAUCCCUAGAUUAGGGAAAGGCAGGAAGCCAAAGUUGUCUGGUUCUGUGUUUUGAGAGUACUUUAAGACCUGCUUUUUAGAGUUGCAUAGUCAUUGUACUGUUUCUUUGACACUGGCAUCAUUCAAAUGUCACAAAUAAACCAUAGUUAAUGGUUUGCUGUGAAUGCAUUGAUCUUGCCCCAUUUGCUCCUCCCUGGUACUAUGCAGGAGCAACAAGCAAAAUCUCUAGCUGAAUGUUGCAACUGAAUUAGUGAUGGUGGUCUAAACAAGCCAUGACCAGAACAAACCUUGGCUACAGAUUGUGAUUUGUUUGGCACUAAACAGACUAUGGGCUCCAGUUCUGGCAUAGUGCUAAGCCAGGGGUUGUCGUUUGUUUCUCCUGCACACUACUGCGGUGGUUAAAAUCUAGGAAGAUCAACCUCAUUUUGAUAAACCAUUGAAUGUGGUGUGUGGACUGUGCUAAUAGCAAUUUAGUUUUAGUCAAGUCUACAGAGUGCUCUGCCUCCAUUUUUUGGUAAAUGGGGUUUUCAAAGGGUAGUUGGUACAAGUUAUAUAUGUAGAAUACUUCCAGGGUAGAAAUUUUUUGGCAGGAUUAAGUCUGAAAUCAAAGCAGCAUGCCAUUAAAAUGUUAUGGUAUAUCAAAAGGAGGACUAGUGUCAGAGAGAGAGAGAGAUUUGUAAAUGAGUAACAUGAGUCUUUCCUGCUUACUACGGACUGCUUUGUUAUAAUUUCUGUUCCAACAUCUAGCUGUGUGAGAUCAAGGCUAGUUUCAUCAGUAAAGUAAAGCCUAUGUUGCUUAGGGUGGCAAAAACAUAGCAGUUUAAGCAUGAACUUCGGACUUGAGGCAGCUCCCUUUACUAUGUCAUACACAUUCCUGCUUUGAAAAAGUUAUGUUAAUCUAAGCUUCAAACUAAUGAUUUAAUUGCUGCAGAGGUGACAUUUUAAAGGUUUUUCUGUUGGCUGUUCUUUCAACCCAAAGCACCCAAGCUGACUUCCCACAGGGUGGAGCCCACUGAUCUGAACAAGUUCAUAACGCUCUGCAAUAACAUUUUAAUUUUUAAAAAAGAUUAGAAAAGUUGCACACUUUUUUCACACUUGUUUGACCUUGAGGCUGAUGCAUUAUACCAAAUCUGAGAAUUGGUUCAUCUCACUUAGUAGUUUCUACUCUGGCAGCAGAAUACCAAGGUCUAUCUCUGAUUCGUUCAGCAGGAGAUGCAAAGGGUUGAACCAGAGACCCUUUUCUGCCAUAUAUUCCGGGCCAGUCAUUUAAGUUGCAUGUUGGUGAAAUACAAGGCUUGGUGCUAUGCAGUUUGGCUACAAGAACAUUGCUGUUCAUUUCUCUACUUGUUCUCUGACUUUCAGCAUCAGCCUUAGAGAGCUGAAGACUGUUCUCCCAUCGGUAAACUUCAAAGUGAGCAGUGUGAAGUUCCUGAAAGAUAAGUUUGCAGUAAGUAUAUGCUGAUCCUAUAUUUGUGCUCAGGUGUGUAUAGCAUAUAUAUAAAAAUAUAUAUACUGCAUCAUCCAUAUUAUUUUAUAGUUGAUGUGGCUCCAAAGUAAUUGUUGUUACAUUUGUGGCAACAUCAAAAGGUAAAAACCUUGCCCCAUUGCUCUGAUAAUAUUCUUCCCAACUCUGAUGCUGGAUACAGAUUACUCUUUUCCAAACUAGAAUACAAGAGGGGGGAUCUCUGAAAAUUUCUGAGGGCUAUUUCCUCCUUGUGGCCCUUUUUUGGAGAAGGGGAAAUGAGGAUGAACUUCCUUAGAUUCCAGAUGUGUAAUCCUUUGGAUUAUUUCUGUGUCAAUGCGGGCAGCCCUCCCAUUGCUCCUGAAUGGAAGUCUGCGGGAGAAUUGGACUUCAAGGAAACAUACAGCAGAAUGCUUGUCUCCCGGGCCCAAUUCCCUCUCCCUUGGUGAUUGCUUCAUUGCCCCAGUGGAAAACAGUUAGUGUCUGUGCACUGCCCCCCUGUUGCUCGGGAUAUUUGCUGGUGGUAUGAGGGAAAUGGAUAUACUUGCAGUUUGGGGAGUAGUGGGACAGAUGUAUUUAUCUACCAAGCUAGAGGCUCUGCUUCCAGUUGCUUCCAUUGCUCUGCUUCCAGUUUUAUCACCAGCAGAACUUUUAUGUAUACUCUGGCUUUGGAAAAAAGAACUAUAUAUUUCACGUUUUCAGUCCCAUUUGUUUACUAAUUUAAAAUGUCUGUGUACCUUUUCCCUUCAUUAUAUUAUAUUUCAAGAGAGGUUAUAGUUAAAGGGUUAAUUGUGUUUGCUAUGUAGCGUUAUCAGCACAGUGGUACCUCGGGUUACAGACGCUUCAGGUUAGACUCCGCUAACCCAGAAAUAGUGCUUCAGGUUAAGAACUUUGCUUCAGGAUGAGAACAGAAAUCAUGGCAUGGCGGCAGUGGGAGGCCCCAUUAGCUAAAGUGGUACCUCAGGUUAAGAACAGUUUCAGGUUAAGAACGGACCUCCAGAACGAAUUAAGUUCUUAACCCGAGGUACUACUGUAUAUAUUAAGGAUGGGGAACCUCUGGCUCUCCAGAUAUUUUUGGGCAUCAACUCCCAUCAGUCUCAGCCAGCAAAGUCAGGAAUGAUAGAACCUGUAGUCCAUUGACAUCUGGCCUGGUGUAAAUGGUGCUCUUAAAGAUAAGCACCCUGACCCAAUGGUUCCUCCUUUAUCUUUCCAUAUUCAGAUUGUGGAACAUUUACUAAGAUCAACGCCAAUGAUUUUCAGACUGCAGCUUUUCUUUUUAUUAGGCAGGGGGAAAGGUCAAAGUUUUAUAGAAAAAGAGCUUGAAAAGACCAGAGAAUCCAGUAUGACAUGCUUUCUCUGUUUAAAUUGUUAUACAUUGCAUACAAUUACAUUUCUCUUGGUUCCUAAUCUACAAAAUUAAAACAGUUGAAUUCAUUUAUAACAUUUUGAGGUUUGUGUUUUAUAUGGAUACAGCCUUUGGAGAAAACUAAACUCUGUGUCAUUGCUUGUUCCCCUUCCCCCUUACAGGAAAUAAAAGCUGUUAAAGAAGAACUUAGCUUUGAGCAAUUUCAUCUGUUCUACAAGAAAAUAAUGUUUGAGCAACAGAAAUUGGUAAAGCUCUUAUCCCACAUUACUUCCCCUUAGUUAUCAUGCUGUGUUGUAACUUGAAUACAAUACUUUCCUAGAAUGCAGGCCUUCCCUGCCCCAUCACAUAUAAGCAUGUUGUGUUAGUUCCUUUCUUUCAGUUUUGAAGAUUGAGAAGCGUAGUUGUCUCUUUAAGAGGAGAAAAUCUGUACUAUCUUGAGAGAAUAGGGAAGGGUGAAUGUGUUUUGCAGAAUUAGGAAGUACCUGAAUGAAGAAACUUUUACUUGAAUGAGCAAGUUUACAUGCUUUGUUUGUCAUUGUUUCCUUCCCCAGAUUCUUGAUGAGUUCAAGAAGGAUUCCACUAUGUUUCUUCUAGGGUGAGAUGUCUUGUCAUGCCGCUUUGUCCACAUUUGUGCUUUAAGUUAUUGGAUAUGAAGCUUGUUGGGAUGUGAUGAUAAUGAUAAUGAUAAAGAUAAUGAUAAUAAUUUUAUUAUUUAUACCCCACCCAACACUAAAAACUUCCCGAUUCAGGGCUGCCUUCAGAUGCCUUCUAAAAGUUAUGUAGUUCUUUAUCUCCUUGACAUCUGAAGGCAAGGUAUUCCACAGGGAGGGCACCACUACCAAGAAGUGAUUGUUUUUCAUAAUAUAUUAAGCAGCGAGCUACGAUUAUGAGUGGGUGGGUGGGUUUACUAUAUCACUCAUAAACUGUAACAAUAAUUUCAUCACCAGUCUGCAAAUGAAAAAUUACUCCUGUGUGAAGUUUGACAUUUUGUUUUCAUUUGACAGUCUUUUGUAAAUGACCUGAGGAUGUUUUUGUUAAGGAUUAGUAAAUGCCCAUAAGAACAGUACACAGAAGCUGUUAGUAAUAUCUCACUAAAGGGAACCAUGAUUAACAUUAACUUUGGUACAGAUGUUUGAGUACCACGCCAUAAUGAAUACCAAAAAAAGGGAAGGGGGGGAGGGAGGGAGUGGGAAAUUCCAGAUUACUUUCAAUCUCUUACUCUUAGUUAACAGACUGAGAAAUACGAAGCCAAUGACUACAGUUGUAUUUUGUAGAUGAAGUAGUUCGUGUAUAAAUGAGAUUUCCUAAUCUAAUCAAGAUUAGACUCAUUAAUCAGCGUACCACAGUACUCUGUGCCAUUGUUGUGUGCUUCAAGAAUAACAUAACUACUCUUUUUCAGUUUCUUAAUUAGAUAAACAAUUCUUAGUUCAUAUUUGCAUAUGUUGCUACAGAGCCCAGUUUGUUAGUUUUCAUGGAGACUGCUUUUUUGAGUUCUGCAUCCUGUAUGUUAAGAUCAUGUAGGUACAGUAGGUUCAGGUAGAGGUAGCUAGUAUUCAGUGCUUUAACCGGUUUUUAUAAUACUAGUAUAUAUCUAAAUUAAUAUUGUUGAAUAAAGACAGCAAACAUAAUUUCAAAUCCACAGUGACUGGGAUUAUUUAUCAGUUUCAUUUUCCUAAUUAUGUUUCCUCAAAGGAUAGAAUUCUCUAAUUUGCUAUGGCAUGGUCUCAUAUUUUGGUUGUGUUGUUUUGCUGAUGUUCUUUUUUAUAAUUGUUCUUUUCCUUUUCCUUUCUGUUGCAGAAACACAGAUCGCCCAGAUGCUUCAGCAGUGCACUUGCACGACUUUCAGAGAUUUUUGCUACAUGAACAGCAGGUGAGAUGAUUUCAAAAAUUGUAAUCAGCAAAAUGAAAAGAAAAUAUGCAUGAGUGUAAUGUACAGCGUGGUUUGACGGAAAAGACUGCAGGGCACUGGUAGAGCAUCUGUUCUGUAUACAGAUUUAAUCCCUUUCAUCUCCAGAUAGGGCUGAGAAUAUACUCUUUCUGAAACCCCUGAGAACUGCUGCCAGUCAAUAUGGACAUUUUUACAGAGCUGGGUAAAUCAAUGAUCUGACUCAUUAUAAAGCAGCUUCUUGUGUUCCUAUGCUUAACAGGCAUUUCUAUCUUCUUCAUUCAGGGAGACCCUCUAGAAUGCUGUAAGAUGUGGCUUUGGAGGCCACAGACAGGAAUGAGCAGAAAUCAGGGUCACACAUGAAUGUAACUUGUGUCAGGGGCUCACUUGAUCUCACCUGAUGAUGCCUCAAAUUUGCACAUAGAAGUAGCUAUGAAUUUACAGAAUCAGAUAAUUUGUUGCUGUUGUGUAUGGUAUUAUGUAGAAAAUAUAAGGUGGUGCUAAUAUCUGAUAGCCUUCAUCAAAUAUUUGAAGGCUAGAUGAUGGAGCAGAUUUGUUUUCUGUUGCUCCAGAGGAUGGAACCCAAACUAAUGGGUUCACAUGGCCAUGUGUUUGGAUAACAUGGAAGACAUUACUGCAGCCAAUCACCUCGCUUAAAUAAGCCAUACAACAUUGCUCCACAACUGGGAGGAGUUGAGCUUUCAGUGUGGCAGCAUAUAUGCUCUUGAAUAGGCUCUCUACCUAUUAACAUUAGGCUGACAGCCUCAUUGUGCUUUUGAAAAAAUGCUUGCUAAAAGCUGUUUUGUUUCAGCAAGGCUAUCCAGACAUGUAAUGUGUAUUUUUGAAUUAUGCUGAUUUUAUUUGCUUUAGGUAAAGGAUGGGGAACCUGUGGCUCUCCAGAUACUGUUGGACUCCAUCUCCCAUCCACCCCAGCCACCAUGGGGAAUGAUCAAUGGUGGAAUUUAUAGUCCAGCAUCUUCUGGUUCUGCACAGGAUCCCCGCCCCCCUGUUUGAGGUUUCCCAUCAGCAGCUGUAAGAGCUUUCAGUCCCCUGCAACUGUAGACAAAACCUAUCUAAUGCCAGCUCAUUUCUAUGGUGGUGACCUGAAAAGAAACACACACAUUAAUUUAAUUACUUGAAUCAACGAUGGAGAUGUAUUUAAAGUACAUGUGUAUACGCUUGAAUUUUCAGGAAUCUUGGGCACAGGAUCUUAGUAAAGUAAGAGAACGGAUGUCUAAAUUUGUAGAUGACACUAUGAGAGAAACAGAUGAACCCUUUCUGUAUGUUGAUGAGGUAAGUUAUUUAUUUUAUUUGCAACAUUUCUACAUAAGCAAAAAAGGAGCCCUGUCUAAUUCAGUAUCCUAUUUCCCCAAAUGAUUAACCAGAUGCCUCUGGGAAGGCGAUCAGUAGGGCAUGUGCAGGCAAGCACCGUCUUGCAACCAGGAGCUAGUAGCCCUUAAUAGACUUGGAGUUACAGGUAGGUAGCCGUCUUGGUCUGCUGUAGUCCAAACAAAACAAAAAAAAUUCUUCCAGUAGCACCUUAGAGACCGACUUAAGUUUGUUAUUGGUAUGAGCUUUUGUGUGCAUGUAUCUGAAGAAGUGUGCAUGUAUCUGAAGAAGCUCAUACCAAUAACAAACCUAGUUGGUCUCUAAGGUGCUACUAGAAGAAUUUUUUUUAUUUUGUUUAGACUUGGAGUGUGUAUAAUCCUAUUUUCAAAUUUACCUAAGAGCCCAAUCCUACACACCCCCUCCCAUGUUGAUGCCUGGGAAUCGUGAUUAGGAGAUGGCAUUAUCGCAGCUAUGCUGCUGGAGAGGAGUUCUGCUGGCUUGGAGGGCUCUACUGGUUGGGGUUCUCCCACCAGCGGUAGCUAGAGGACAGCUCCAUAAUGUGGUGUUUUGUAGCAGGGUCAGACCAGAGGCCAAUUUAGUUUCACUGGAUCCAAAGCAUCCUGGAGCUGGUCUAACAGCAACAACGAAAAGGGUUGGAAGCCUCCAUUUUCUACCCUGUCCUUCACAAGCCAGUAGGGCAAUGGAUGUGGUUCAGUGAGUUGGUUUCCAUCAUCACAGCUUGUGGCAGUGAAUUCAAUAGUUUAAUUUGUACUCUUUAACUCAAAUACUGUUUCCAGAGUCUCUUAACAAUUAAAAUAAUCAAAAACAUAACAAAUUGGAAGUAAUAACUUGAUUAAAACAAUAAAGUAACUGAUCCCAUGCCAGUAAGAUAAAACAAUAUCAAAACAUCUAAAAAAAACCUGGCCAAUAAGAAGUCUUCGCCUGGCAUUGAUAAGGCAACAAGAGGUGGCACCAGGCAAGUCUCUCUUAGGAACACAAUUCCAAAUACUGAUCCAUACAAGAGGCAUGUCCUUUUUGACCGCUGAUCACCCUCUCUCUCCUCUUCUUCUUCAACAACAGCAAAUCCCAUAACCAAAGCAGGAAAAUGGUGCGGAUGCCACGGCUGUGAUCCGUCUUAGGUUGCGGGUCCUAACCAACUAGUUGAAAACUAAUUGUUUUGAUUUAUUUUCUGUUUCACAUUGUGCUAUGAUUCUAGUUGGGGAGAUCAGUCAUUUGGUUUUGUCCUUUUUAAAAAUUGAAACCCACUUAUAUUUCCCUCUCUCUUUGUUUGCCUUAGUUCCUUACUUACCUUUUUUCAAAAGAAAACAGCAUAUGGGAUGACAAAUACGACUCAAUAGAUCCUCAGGACAUGAAUAACCCUUUGUCCCACUACUGGAUAUCUUCUUCACAUAAUACGUAAGUUACUAAAAAUAUAUAUAUCUAUUCAUCAUCCUUCAUAAAAUGGUAAAUGUGCAGUUCCUUUUAACACAAUCCUUUAUGACCUAGGUAUCUCACAGGAGACCAGCUUCGUAGUGAAUCUUCUCCAGAAGCUUACAUAAGAUGUCUCCGAAUGGGGUGCCGAUGUAUUGAAUGUGAGUAACCUGUUUUCCAUACUUCCCCCAGAAUUCCAGAUGUAGGAAUUUGAACUGUACCUGUUAUUAGGAGAAAGGGACAAUUACAAGAGGAUCUUGUGGAACCCCAUUACAUUCUAGCUUUGUACCUCUACAUUUUAGUUUGGCGUCUCCUCAUUUUUUCCUGUCACCUUAGUUAAAGUAAUUAGGGGCUUCAGUGUUCAUAUCAGACAUUGUGUCACUUUUUUAGUUUAAGGUACCAGAGAAACUGCUGCAGUGAUCCUCAUGUUGGCCAAUAAGAAACCACAUAAAAGUUGGGGAUCAAAUAAAGAAAAUGCCAAGGAAGCACAAAGGCAGCUGCAGAAGUUGGUCUGGAGCUUCCAGUCUCUGCAUCUGCCUUUUUCUCCCUUUUCAAAUCAGAGUUCCACAGGCACUUUCUCUUGCAAAAUAUUUCUCUAGUUCAUAGCAGCAGCAGCAGUAGAGAAGCAGACAUCAUUUCCCUCUUAGGUACUUUGCAUUCUUCUUCCUUGUUGUCUGAAUUGCUGAGUUGUCUUUAGACUUUGUGGCCCUUAAGCUAAGGUUACCAGAUUUUUUUCAACUUCAGAGUAUUUUGUCUGGGGACUGAUUUGUAAAUCUGGGGACUGUCCCUGGGAAACGGGGACGUCUGGUAACCUUACCUUAAGCAUGGCUACAUUUUUCUCUGUCUAUGGGAUCAAGCACUCCAAAGCUCUGGAAACAGAAUGUUGUCAGUUGAACAUUGCACUUUUUAUGUUUCCUUCAUUGCCUACACUAGUGGAUUGCUGGGAUGGUCCUGAUGGGAAGCCUAUCAUUUAUCAUGGAUGGACAAGGACAACAAAGAUAAAAUUUGAUGACGUUGUGCAAGCCAUCAAGGAACAUGCAUUUGUCACAUCCGAGUAGGUUUCCAUUACUUUUUUAAAUGGAAAUAUUUCCUAAGAAUAAAAGAUUAAAUUAUGACAUUCUAGGUGAUAUUUCUUUAAAAUCCGCCAUUAUGAUAUUAUGGCUGUUUGAGGUCAUUUUAAUAUGGAUAGAAUCGUAGAAUUGUAGAGCUGAAAGGGAACCAAAGGGACAUCUGGGUCCAAGCCCCUGGUACAGCUGAUAUAACACAGAACCUUUUACUAGAACCUUUUAAAAUAUUGGUCCAGUAUUGGGGACAGGCGCUAGGUGGGUGGAAAGGGGAGUGAUGAAUUGACAGUGUGUUGGCUUUGCUCAGCCUGGGACGUACUGAGAUGCAUGUAUAUUAGCUUGAUUAGGGAAAAGCUGGGUAGGUCAUUUGAAAGUCUUUACUUCCACAUCCAUACAUACCUAGACCUCCCCUUAGAAGGAAAGACUAAAGUGCUUGUGGUUUUUCAGUUUGGUAAAACAAUGACUAAGGGAAGGAAAGAAAAACAGAUUUAAAUAGUAGUAGCAGUAAUAUAUAAAUAAUAUAAGAGCAACCAGCUUAGAUGGCUUUAAAAGGGGAUAAGACGGUAUCAGUGGCUUCUGAGAUUGCUAUAUGGAAACUCAGUGUCCAGAAUUGGCUUGCCACUGAUCAGCAGUUGCUGGGUAUUCAGAAGCUUCAGUGCCUCUGUGCCCUGUUUAUGAAUUUCCCAGAGGCAUGUGGCUGGCCACUAGAGGAGGAAGGAUGCUAGGUUAGAUGGGCUCAUGGUCUGAUUAGAUAGAACUCUAACCUGAAAUUGACUUCUUCCCCUUGCCUUUGUUUCUUUUGCCCAAGGUACCCAGUGAUUUUGUCAAUUGAGGAGCAUUGCAAUGUGGAGCAGCAGCGUUACAUUGCCAAAGUGUUUAAGGAAGUACUUGGGGAUCAGCUUUUAACAAAGCCCAUUGAAGCUAGUGCUGAUCAGCUGCCAUCACCAACUCAGCUGAAAGAGAGGUUCAUCAUUAAGGCAAGUUGCAUCUGCUGAAGAAAAUGUGUUGGGGGAUGCUGGUGUCUCCCUCCUGUCCUCCGACGGAAGAUAGCAGCAGCUUGGACUUUGCACCUGGCACUGAAGCACACAAUCAAAAAUACAUAAAGUUUUCUGGAGAAAGCCUUGUAUUUUCCAACCCUAGUAUGAGAGGCUAGCUCACGCUUCCUCAACCUCAGCCCUCCAGAUGUUUUUGGCCUACAACUCCUAUGAUCCCUAGCUAGCAGGACCAGUGGUCAGGGAUGGUGGAAAUUGUAGUCUCGAAACAUCUGGAGGGCCGAGGUUGAGGAAGCCUGGACUAGCUGAUUAGGAUGCACUGUCUAUUCUGGUUCUCCACCAGCUGUGUGGACUGGUAGCAGCUAACUAAGAUUGAAGCAUCCUGCACAUCUGUAUUGAAACAGCUGCAACUACUUUUAAGUGUAUAAAUAUUCAUUUGAAGUGCUGUUUGCUUAGCACAUGAGAGGCACUGGACAAAGGGAAACAUCACGAAGUCAGAAGGUAGUUUUUUCCCCAGGACGAGAGCAAGCAUUUGUUAAGAGGGUGGGGGACUCCUCUCAUUUUGUACAUCUAAUAAUAUGAAACAAUACAUCUGUGAGAAAUGUUUCCAACCAAAACAGCCAGUGUACAUGUUGACAGGAAUGCAUUGCUCCUUAACAAAUCCUGGAAAUGCAAUGUGUUUCAAUGAAAGCCACGGAGGAAGUUCAGCUUUUUGAAUUUGCACGCUUUAGGCUUGAGCUGCUUUCCUUUAAAAAGGGAGGUGUUUUAUAAACGAAGCAUGAUUUGCACACUCAGCCUACAGCAUUCCCCAUCGUGGCAAACAAAGUAACCUGGAGAAACUGCAUAUCUGCUUUUAGGCAGAGGACUUGAUGCGACAAAUGAAUUUGUGUGCAAGGAGGGAAAGCCCCCAAAUUGUAUACAUUUCAUUAACCCCUCCCACCUCCACGUUGCUGCCUGAGUAGUCGGUGGCUUAAAAAAAUAUAUUCAGAAGUUAUGAAUCAGUUUUAAGACUGGUUCAUCUACUAAACUUUACAGGUCUGUUCUGUGUAUGCAGAGUGAUCUCUGACCACAGGCUGACGAUUUGCAGUGAUAAACAAAGAGAAAACAGCAGUGCAUCCAAGUUGGUACAGAGGUUUACAUCAGAUAUUUGUAGCCCCCUCACGCAGGAUGCACUCUUAGGUUGUCAAAGCAGAAAGAAAGCCCAGCUAAGAGAUGCCAGAGAAAUCCCUCAACGUCUUCCUUUUUCAUAGCUGCUCUGUUCAUUUUUUAUUAGCAUAAAAAAUUGGGGCCAAAAGGUGACGUAGAUGUGAACACGGAAGACAAGAAAGAGGAAAAAAAGCAACAAGGAGAGCUCUACAUGUGGGACACCAUAGACCAGGUAAACAAUUGUUUUGUUUUGUUUCUAUUUUAUGGCACAGAAUUUCACAGGUGGCUGAAAUAAAUCCUACAGAGUUGUACUUGAAGAGGGAAAAGAAUGCUGUUUGCAUAUUGCUGUAAUCUUACAGUGCUUUUGUACAGUAGUCUUAUAACAGUUAUUUUGCGUUCUAGAAAUGGACUCGCCAUUAUUGUGCUGUAGCGAAUGAAAAGCUCUCAUUCAGUGAUGAUAUAGAGCAGAAUACUGAAGAAGAACCAUCAAAGGUAUUAAAACCGUACAUUUGUUUCUGUUUUCUGCAUAAUUUGAGAACUGCAUUUCAUUGCUGUGCUCAGGUUUUAGAGAGCAUAACGUAGGAAUAUGACAUCACUCAUAUGUGGCAUACAGGAUGGAGUAGCAAAAUUCCAGGAACCUCGCAAUCUCUGGGUGAAGCUCAGUAAUAAACUAUAUGACCUGUUGUGUCACUUACAAAAUAAACCUAAGAGAUAAUGUUUCCCCGUGGUUCUUUUUUCUUCUUUGAAGUAUAAAAGUAGCCUUUGACUCUUACUGCUUGAUCAGGGUUAAGAGAUUUAAGUAUAGAGGUCAGCAUGCUUGCUAAAUUAGUUUUUGUUUUAAACAGACACUUGGGCUGCCUAGGAAGCUUAUGGCAAUGGUGAACCAGACACAUGCUUCAUUCUCCAGCUUCUUAGCCACUUCACUUUACUGGAUGCAUUAAAAAAAACUUUUUGAGUCCACACUUUACAAGAGAGUGAGGAUCAAAUUCUUUAUAUUAUCCCAUGGUGUAGAUUGUCUCCUUUAAAGGGACUGCUGCACCUCCUACAUUAAAAGAGGUGAUCAUCAGCAACAUGUGCAGCCAAAUGGCACCCCUUCCUUUCUCUUGGCAAGUGCUUUUCCAAGCGCACCCCCCCCCUUUCUCAAUUUGGAGCACUGCUUCUUCAGAUAAAACUUUAUGCUUUCUGAUGAACCCUACAAGAGUCGAGCUCAGUGUUAGCUUUAUAGAGGAAUGGCAAAUUGAAUCUUAACAAAUGGAAAUUAUCCCCUUUCAUACUGUAGGAAGUGAAGCGUGCUGAACUGCACUAUGGUGAGAAAUGGUUCCAUGGAAAAAUGAAAGAGGGGAGAAACACUGCCGAGAAGCUGCUCCAGGAAUAUUGUGCUGAAAUGGGUGGCAAGGAUGGAACAUUCUUAGUGAGGGAGAGUGAAGCUUUCCCUAAUGACUACACACUGUCAUUCUGGUAACAGAUAAUUUCUUUCCUUUUGACUUCUUCUUAAUGCUUUAGCAGUUUGCCAUUUUCCUGGUUUUUCUACAGGAAUAGCAUUUUGAGAUACACUUAUAGGAGGACACUCACUCAAGCAAAGGAGAGAGGAAGGCUUUCAUAAUUAUCCCUUCAAACUUCUGAGGUUUUAAGGUGCAACAAGGAGGGGGGCAUCUGAAGGUGUGCUCCUGUCCCACCAGCUGAUGGGCAGUAGGACUGUGCCUCCAAGCCCCCCUCAUUUUUCUCCUUCAAACCUAGUGAUGAAUCCUGGUUUACACAUCUGUUAUAUUUAUGGAAUGUUACAUUUUCACAUGAGCUAAUUGAUUUGCUGAACUCUACAGGUAAACAUACUGAGCAAAUGGACUUCGUGCUUUUGACUAACAUUUCCUGUUUCCAGUGCCAAAAUCUGUGCACCAUAAUGUCAGUUUCUGGCACGCUAUGAUUUACAUGCCAUAAAUUCUUAGUCUGAAUAUUUGAUCAGUCCCUAUUUCCCCUCAAUCUUCCUUCCCACUCCUCUUGGUUCACAAGCUGAAUAAAUAGCAAGAAACUAGAGGCAAGCGUAUGGAUGUGUUGGCUUUAGAAAACUAACUGGUUCUUUCUUGUCCAUGUUUCCCAGGAGAUCAGGUAGAGUCCAGCACUGUCAUAUCCGUUCCUCAAUUGAUGGAGAUACCGUAAAAUAUUUCCUGACAGACAACCUCACCUUUGAUAGUGUCUGUGAUCUAGUUCAGCAUUACAGAGAAGCACACUUGCGGUGUGCCGAAUUCGAACUACGUUUGACUGAUGCUGUGCCUAACCCCAACCCUCAUGAAUCUAAGAAGUACGUAUGGCCAAAACAAAAUUGUAGGGGGGAGUGAAAUGCUAUUUUUAAUGCUGAAGCUUACUGCUUGUCACAGUUACUGUGGAUUAUGGGGAGUUUGAUUUAAAACAAAAGCAAAAAACUGGCUUAAGCAACAACGGUUUAGCAGUUUUGCAUUGAAUAUGUGCUUUGACUUGAACAGUCCGGAAAGGGAGAAUAUUAAGCCUGCUGGAAAAUCAAGAGCUCCCAGAUAGCAGACCAAGGCAGGCUGAGGAGAUUUUAGUUAUGUGGGAUGCUCUUGCUGAGUCCCUUCUCUUCUCUUUCUGCUUUUAAAUGACACCCAAGUGUUUUUUUUAUAAUUCUUAUUGUUUUGCUAUGAGCUGGAAUGGUGUUUGGAAACUGCCAUUCAAGGAGCACAUCUAGACCAUUUGUAUCACAGGAUAUCCUGCUCAUUUCGUGUUUGCUUUUAUUACAUUGGUACAGCUGGUUACAGUCUGUGUUCCAGUGUUAAACAUUGAUUUCCUUUUGCAAGUGUUGGUAUGUGUUGGCUUAUUCUGGAGUAACUAGGCCAGCCUGCCAGAUAUGUGGAUACUCAUGCCUGCCAAGAGCUUUCUUCCUCAUAGAACCCAACUGAAAUGCACUUUGAAUUAGCACCUGCAAUGUAAUCAAUGGCAGUUGGGAGGAGAAUUAAACUCACCCUGCCCAAGCACCUCUGUGCUCUAAAGGUGCGGUUUAAAUCCAAACCAUGCCUGGUAAUGGGCAGUUACAGUGAGCCCCUUUGAAGUUGUUUCCUGGCAUCAUAAUGAUGUCGGGUAAAUUACGAGUGGGUGGCUCUGCCCACCUGUUGAAGUUGGCUCACGGACCUGUCGACUGGAUGCAGUUCCCCACCCCCGCUGCGUUCAGGUGCAAGCCAAGGAGGAACUACCACAAGAUGUUGUCUUAUAUCUAUUUUUACUUAUAAAAUUGGGGUACAAGAUUGAUAGCGAUGGUAAGAUCGUUCUCCCUGCCCCCAAAAGAAAUGCACUGCUGUUGUCCGUCAAUAAAAACUGACUGUGUGUUAUUAUUGCUCUAUUACUUAUUAGGAUGACCUUCUGCUUCCUGCAUCCACAUGCAUGUUCUUUUCCAGACUCCAAAUUGUCUCAUUUGGGCUUCUUAUGCAGUGUGAAAGUGACAGAAACAAAUGCUGUCAGCAUUUAGCAGUAACUUGCUAUUUAUUUCUUUUAUAACAGGGACAAAGUCUAUACAUCACUGAGCAUCUGAUGCCUGAAAUCACAAUUUUAUCACUGAUUUAAUAGCUUUUAUCUUAAUGACCCAAUUUUAUCAUUGAGUUAAUGGGAAUGUGUCAAGCUCUGAACGCACCUCUCUUCCUGUUUUUGUAGUUGGUACUACAGUAACCUGAGCAGAGGAGAAGCAGAGGAUAUGCUGAUGCGAAUUCCUAGAGACGGAGCCUUUUUGAUAAGGAAGAGGGACGAACCCAAUUCCUAUGCCAUGACUUUCAGGUGAGACACAAACUUCGUAAUUAUGACCUGACCUGACAUGCAUGAUCUGCAGGUUGGACCUCAAAGCUAUUUGUUGCAAGGACCAGAGGGGAGUAUGUAGUCCAGGUCUGACACAAGCUAAGGCGUGUAACAGUGAAUGGGUAUCUGAGGGGCCAGAAGCACGUAAAUGGACAAAGCAGGUAGAUGGCUACAUUCCAUAAAGCAGAGGCCCGAGGAAAGCAAAGAGAUGCAAGACACAGGAAACUCUGGGGCAGAAACUCCAUCAGAUAAGAAACUUGGAGAGAGGAAUCAAGCCUGAAGCAACAGAGAUAAGGCCAGGUUACCUGGUUCAGCUGGACUAAUGGGUGGCUGUUCUCCACUCUGUUCACUAUCUGUGCUGGUACUACAGUGCAGGAAAGACCUAGCUAAGAGCUGCUACUCUGCAUGGUGGCUGCCCCAGCGGCACAAAUUAAGACCCUAUGGCCAUAAUGGGAAAGUAGGGGGUUGGAAGAUGGGUGGGGGUGGGUGGUGUAGGGGCUGACUAGGUGGGAAUGGGGAAGGAGUGGAUUAAAUGCAAGAAUUUCGGAGCUUGUAAUGCUUACCUUAUGUACAAGGCAAGUACUGCAAGCCCCUGAGAUGUGCAUUUCUGAACCAGGAAAUUCAAGGAUCUCCCCCCGCCCCCCAAUCUGUCUCUAGAUAGCCAAAUCACUCCUGCAAGAGCUUACCUAAAUAGGAGGAAAAUGAAAAUGCCACUUCAAAGCUUAAGGACUGAUAAUAUGAUAUGGCUGUUGUUGUUGUUUUGGCAUUUUCUAAAGCUUGCUCUUCACUGUUUAAUCCCACAGAGCUGAGGGGAAAGUGAAGCACUGCCGAAUCAAACGAGAAGGCCGCCUCUUUGUCAUGGGAACAUCUGCUUAUUUUGAGAGUUUAGUGGAACUGGUGAACUACUAUGAGAAGCACCCGUUGUAUAGGAAAAUGAAAUUGCGCUAUCCUGUGACGGAGGAGCUGCUGGAGCGCUACAGCACGGCAAGCGUUUUACCUUUUUAACCAAAGCGCCAGGGCUUUGCAUAGAAUGCUGGGUGGCUUUCAGGGAUUUAUUGUGGUACGAGAAUAUUUCUCCCUCCACCCACAAAAGGUCAUCCUAAAGGCAGCUUUAGCCUGCUGAGCAUUUUGGGAUUUUCAGUAUUAUCCAUGGUACCUCGGCCCCUUGCCCAUCCCAGGCAGCAUAUAAAGCAGAACCAAUUGGGCUUCAGCACUGGAACGUGCCUUCAGGUAUCUUCAGAAUGUUCUCCAGACCAAUAUUUAAUGCUCUGGGAAGAUCAUUGCUUUUUAGCUAUGGAUAAUGGGAUCCAAGGGGGUGAAGUAGGAAUUCCUUAAAAUUAAUAAAUAGAAAACCAGGGAUUUCGCCUACCUGGGAUUUGAAACCAGCUUCGCAUUCUGAUUAAGAGAUCAUAACGUUUUAUGCUGGUGUAUGCCCUAAAUAUUUUGCUGUAGCUUUUAGUCCUGUCUACCCUAAUAACAUGCAAGAAGGCCUAGUUAGCUAGUAGUUCUCUCUUUUGACCAGUGUGUCUGGCCAAUUGCAAGUCAAUGAUUCCAAAUGUCUACCUACAGGCUACAGUUUUUGUUUUGGAAUGGAAGAUGAAUAUAUUAAAUCAAUCUCUCCAGAUUUUGGACUAUAACUUCCAUUGCCUCAGCCAGCAUUUUUGUCCUAAGUCCUUAUCCCACACAGGAGUCCAUGUGUGAGAAAAUUUAUUCUUUUCUGUGCAGAAAGCAGAGGCACAUAAUUUAAAUUCUUUUUACCAAUGAGUUUAAUGAUAAAAUAAUAGUAAUCCCCCCCCCCCGGUCUUAAAAAAAAAUACUGCUAAUAAUAAGAAAAAAUAAUGUUAUUAUUUACUGUAUAUGCUGCCCAUCUGACUGGGUUGCACAACAAACAUGUUGUAAAUCCCUAUGAAAGCAGUAAUUUCUAGUUUUAAUAUGAAAAACCAGGCAGAAACCUUUGCCAAAAUCCUACUGACACUUUUUUUGAAACCCCCAAAGCUCUGAUAGGGUGGGGGAAACAAAAAACUCUGCUCAGUUGCUACAAGUAUAUUUGGACAGUAUAAUUUCUUAUGUUAACACAUUAACUUAAAAGCUUUGAGUUACUUUUUUCUAGCUGUGCAAUUUACUUACUUUUCUUUUUCAAUCUUAGGAGAAAGAUCCUAGCUCAUUAUAUGAAGUGAAGGCAUAUGUGGAACCUGGUGAAAUAACACCUUCUGUGGUAUGUUAAAGUUUUGCUCAAACUUAUUCUUGAUCUGAAAGAAAAGAAUAGCUGACAGAUCCUUUAUCUUAAUUUCCUGUUUAGAGAAUUGAAAGAACUGAUUGUAGGUAAAGGUGUAUUUGGAGGGUGGGAAAAUAUGUAUGUGUGUGUGUGUGUGUGUGUGAGAGAGAGAGAGAGAGAGAGAGAGAGAGAGAGAGAGAAUGAGUGACUGACUGACUAAUUGACUAUAGUCUAACUUAGCCUUUGGCAAACCUAUGGACUACAGCUCCGAUCAGCACCUGCCAGCAAAAUGUCUGGAGGGCAAAGGCUGACCUAACCAUUGUUUCUGGAUUGUAUUCCAGUGUUUGUGGUUGUUCCCCCAAAUUCACUUUGACCUAAAGCUCCUUUCCAUUUGUUUCUCUUGAAGCCACAGAGAACUGUUAAAGCCUUGUACGACUACCAAGCGAAAAGAGACGAUGAGCUGACUUUUUGCCGAGGGGCUUUAAUUCAUAAUGUCUCAAAAGAAGUUGGGGGCUGGUAAGAAGGCAGCUUUUAUAUUUUUGGUACGAGUUGGUGAUGUUUUCUGUAGACCAAGCUGUGUCUCAACCAUAGAUUUCACUACGUGGCUUUGAGCAUUUUUUAAAAAAUGUGAACCUCUCUAUAAUACUUCAUUUGGAUAUGGUGUCUCAAAUUUGAUUAGAACAUGUUUCUCUCUCAGGUGGAAAGGCGAUUAUGGGUACAAAGUUCAGCACUACUUCCCAGCCAAUUAUGUGGAAGACAUGUCCUCUGAUAACACGGAAGAUCUUGAGAAUCAGGUAGGAAGAUACUUGUUAUCUAUAGUCUAGAGUUUAUGCUAUUCACAAAAUUCAUUCAGUUAUUCCAAAAAAAAGUGGUAAUGCAUUCAGACCCUUCUGUGUGUAAGGUUGCCUUUCUGGAUGCUGUCCCACAUGCGUACAGAGAUGCAACAUUGUGGACAGAGGGUGGGAUUGUAUAUAGCACAGUGAUGUGCACACGAACAGAAUGUUGGACCUAGUAGCUCUUUAAGACUUCUCUGUAUGAAGAAUGUGUAUUGUCAGCUUUGAGAUUCUUGGCAUGUGCCAAUUUCUCCCUAUUUCUAAAGUGGUGACAGUCAUGUGGAAUAUUUAUUUUCUUACGACUCACAUGCCAGUAAUAAUAAUGAUAAUACUAAUCAUUUUUUAAUUUAUAUCCCACCCAUCUAGCUGGGUUUUCCCAGCCUCUCUGGGCGGCUUACAACAUAUAUAAAAGCACAACAAAACAUCAAACAUUAAACAAAAUAAUCCUAUACAAGCAACAAACCAACCAAUAAAUCAAUAGAAACCAAUAACAACAACAAUAAUAAACAGUUUACAGUUAUACCCAAAUUAAAAUAGCUGCCAACCCCAGCUAAACGUUUAACCAACACCACCCUGACCAAAAAAACAACAGAGGAACCAAAAUUUGAACCGUUUAAAACAUUUUAGCCAGUUGUCCCACCCCAAGAGUUGUUCCAGCCAGGGGCGUAGGAACAGUGCCUGAUUUACGUAUAAGCUAAACAAGCUAUAGCUUAGGGCACCACUCUUUUGGGGGCCCCCAAAAAAUUUAGAGGGAAAAAACCCCUGGAUGUACAUUCCCAAAAUAUAAGAUAAAAAACAAAUAAGCUCUAACUGUAUGUUUUAUUUUAAUAAAUAUUUCACUAUUAAUCUACUCCUUAAUUGUAUUUCACUAUUAAUAUACUUCUUAAUUGUAUUUCAGUUCAACAAUUACUUGGAUAAAAUACAUAUUUUGUUAUGUGCAAAUGGCUUUAGAUACCUAUUAGGUCCAUAAAUUACCAUUUAGCAUAUAUUCAACACAAAAAAGCUGCGACAAUUUGUUGUUGACAAAGGACAGCUGGACAUAUAAAGGGCCCCAUUACCUUCAGUAGCUGAGGGCCUCAUCAGACCUAAAUCGGGCCCUGCUUGGGAAGGGGGGUCGGACUGCCCCGGAUGCCCUCACUGAGGGGGGGUUUGUCAUUUGGCAUGCUGCUCGCCUGCAACUUCCAAGCCUACCCCGAGCCAUCGGGGCAAGGGGAAGCUGUGCUGCUUUGCUGGCGGCAUUCCCCCCUUCCCCCUUCGUUUUGACAGCUUGGGAGAGGCUUGGGAGUCACUGGCGGGCGGCACACUGAAUGCCCGCCAGGGGCAGCUUGCUCCGACCCCAUGUGCGGCUCACUCUGCCCCUGGCUGCAGGGCACACACACUGCUCUGGGCACCUGAGUGGCUAUCCUGUGGAUGGGAGGGCACUUUCUGCGCCACGCCCCCCUCAGGAGCACACCCGCCCUGGGCAGCGUGGGCAUAUGAUCUGCCGCUGGUUCCAGCAGUGUCCCAGUGCCUCCCAGGAGCCUAUGGUAUCUGUUCAGGGUGAGCCUGGGCACUGCCCCCUAGGCCAGGUGGAAAUGGACCUUGCAACCGGGAGCAGACUUCCCUCCAGCACUCAGUAUGGCUUCCAAGCAGUUUAAAACUAUAAAAUCAAUACAUAAUUAAAGCACACAGUAACAAUUCCAUUGGGGCAUUAAAGCAGCCUCAAUUAAACCAUACAAUAAAAUGAUCUAUUAGAAAACAUGAGAAUUAGAAACUCUUAAACACUUCACGCAGCAGUUAAAACAAUAAAAUCAGAAAUUCAGCUCUGCCUAAACAGGUGUGAUUGCAUGCCUGAAUAGGCGCUAAAUUUUAUGCAGAAACUGGCCUGGAAAGAUCUUAGGGGAACUCACGCCUUUGCUGUGGUAAAUGAGGCUGGGCUUAACUUUCACCUUCUGGUGCUGCCAGGUUAACAUGAGGGGAGCCCAUGUUUCUUCCUUUACCCCAGCAGUGUUGGGAGCAGUAGUGUUUCUACAGCUCCUGGCAUGGCAGUGCAGAUCUAAAGUUCAUGUGCAAUGCUUAGCCAAAAAUCCUGACUUUAAUAAGGAAGCAUAGGCAUGAGCUGUGUGUGAAUGCACAGAGCCUUUUGAGAGGUAUUUUGCUUCCCGUGAUAUAUACUUUUAUAAGUAAGUAAAUAAAUAAAUAAAAAAAAUAUUGGUGUUCAGUGUUACUUAUGCCAGUGCCCAGAGGAUAAGAUUAUCAAACUGGGUAAAGGAUGCUUAGCUGUACUGGUUAAGAACGUAAUGGAGCGUUGAAAAUCUGCAAUGGUCUCAGAAAGAAGAACCUGAUCUUCUGAAAAGCUUUCCAGCUCUGCCAAUGAAUUUCAAGGAAGGCAACUAUUAAAAUGUUAAUAAUUACUAGCUUUGAUAGUACUAAGUGCACUUUCUUGAUCUUAUUGUCACCAAGCAGUUUAAUUUUUUAUGGUUGCUAGUGACAGGAAACCCAUACACUUCAGGAAUGAAUAUCAUUUUUUAAGCAUUGGUCCUGGGAAUUUAAUGAAUUCAUUUUUACAUUCCAAGGACAUUUGAUAAAGGGGGCAAAACAACCAACUUCAAACAGAAUAAAUCUUUUCAUUUCAGAUAAUUGAGGACAAUCCUUUAGGCUCAUUAUGCCGGGGUAUUUUGGAUCUCAAUAAGUAUAACGUUGGUAUGUAUCCUUCUGACUUCCUGACUCCUUACAUGUAAAGUAGCUUGUGUAUGUGUGUGUGUGUGUGAGAGAGGGAACAGUUUGUCAAGUCUAUCUAUUUUUUAUUCCAAUAUAUAUAUAAUCUUUAUUGUGGUCCAACGACCCAUAACAUGGAUUCAGAAUAAAAUACAGAUUCAUACAGACAACCCCCUAGGGAAGGGAGACUGAAGCAAUAUUUGUUUAGUCGUGGGUAUGUUGAUCUUUGAUUCGUAUAACUACUGAAAGAAACUUUGCCACAGCCACUGUGAAAUUAUUGGACAUAUUUUUUAGAUAUAUAUAUCCUUUAACAUACCAUUGAUUGCUCAGUUUUAGUCUGUCUGUAUUAUCACCCCUGGGGACGCGGGUGGCACUGUGGGUUAGACCACGGAGCCUAGGACUUGCCGAUCAGAAGGUCAGCGGUUUGAGUCCCCAUGGCGGGGUGAGCUCCCAUUGCUCGGUCCCUGCUCCUGCCAACCUAGCAGUUCGAAAGCACGUCAAAGUGCAAAACAUACAUUUAUAAUAGGUACUGCUCCGGUGGGAAGGUAAACGGAAUUUCCGUGUGCUGCUCUGAUUCGCCAGAAGCGGCUUAGUCAUGCUGGCCACAUGACCCGGAAGCUGUACGCUGGCUCCCUCGGCCAAUAAAGCGAGAUGAGCGCCGCAGCCCCAGAGUCGGCCACGACUGAACCUAAUGGUCAGGGGUACCUUUACCUAUUAUCACCCCCAAUAUAUCUGAACUGUAUUUUAAUUUUUGAAUGACAAGUUGUCUUCUGAAGGGCAAUACUGCAAUUUCUUAUCCAAGUAUAAUUUUGGAGGGGGGAUGCGGAUUUGGAGGUGAGAGGGAACAGAUGUACUCCUCUUUUAAAAGGAUGGAUUUAAUGCAUGCUCAGAAAAGAAUGGGGAGGGCACAACCUCAAAUAAAAAUGCACUCAAAAGGUUCACAAAAUGGUAGAGUGUUUCUGUAAGGCAGAAGAAGCUGGUAUUGUUGCCUUUUUGCCACUUAAAAAUAUUCUUGGACAACUGAGGUUGUACACUGAAGAAGUGUAUGGUCCCCAAAGCAUUAAGAUAAAAUUUGAAAAGGUAUGAAAACAACUACUGGCGUCUUGUGGCAACUGAAAGUCUAACAGAUUAUGGUGAUCAUCAUCUCAGGUCCUUUUUCAUGUGCCACUUCCAUGAGAGGUCUGGAGGGUGGCAACAUGAGAACAGAUCUUUUCUGUGGUAGCUCCACGCUUGUAGAAUGCUCUCCUAGGCAUCAGGCAAAACAUUCCUCUUCUCCCAGGCCUUUGGCUAAUUAAGCAAUCUAUGGUCUUUUAAAUUGUGGGAUAAGGAGGGUAUCAUUUUCAUUUGUUACUAUGUUGUGUAUUUCUGUGUUUUUAUACUGUAAAACCCUGUGAUCCUCGGGUGAAGAGUGGUAUAGAAAUCUAAAAAAUAAUAAUAAGCCAUGAUAAAUAAACUACAAAUCGAUAAUGCCAAAUUUAUUAUGCCAUGUGGUGUAGUGAACUCUGGUCCACUAAAGCUUAUGUUAUAAAUGAAAUUGUCAGUCUUUAAGGUACCCCAAUACUUCAGCUGCUCUCAUGUGAAUCAAAGCAUACUAUAGAGCAGUUGAAGAAUGCUGAGGCUUUUAAAUUACUGUUUUGUAAUAAAUGUAAGUUUUCACUGAUUAAUGGGAUCCUACCGGGAUCUCGUGCAAACUUCUCUCAAGUGCUAUUUGAUAUCUUAAGAUGUGUUUAUUAUGUACAUAUGAUUUAUUGUUUUGGAUUCCCAAUAGUAAAAAUGACACAGGGAAAACAUGGAAAGUCUUUUGUCUUUAUCCUGGAACCCAAGAAUCUUGAAGAUGCUCCUGUUGAAUUUGCAACAGAAAAGGUGGAAGAGCUAUUUGUAUGGUAUCAAAGUGUCAGGGAAAUCACAACGAAAACUACUGAAGAGGUACUACAGAAGCCAUAAUUUCCAGCACUUAAUUUUUAAUAAGAGUGAUUUUGAUUUGAGCAAAGACUGAAGGACCAGUAACAUGGUCCACACCCAGCAUCUGAUUCCCUUGCAAGCAAAAGGGCUUUGAGAGAAGCCAAUAUCAUCACCAUUUUUUAAAUUCUAUAUCAUGCCAUAUUUCCAAUAUCAUGAAAGCAUAAUACGCACCUUUGUGUUUUGCUUUAUGUGCCAAUAUCAUGCAAGUUUUAACUUGAAAAUAAUACCUCAAAGUGUGAUUAUGCAAUCAAAGCAAGAUUUUUUUUGUGGUGUAAGUUCAGGUUUUUUUGGCCCUGCACUGCCAAAAUGUUUUUUCUUAAAAAAACCAAAAAAACCCCACACAGAACCUGAAAGCCAGAAUUCAUACAUGGAAAGUCGGGAAGUCCUUGUGCAGGGCUUCACUAGCAGAGCCAGUUAGUUGAAUUCACGCCCUUGUUUCAACAUCACUGCAUUUUGGGCACAGAGAGCGAGCAGGGAUAAAGGGGGUGUGCAGAGACAAAAUUAAAGUUAAAAAUUAGAUUUCACAAUUUUCUGUUUCUUUGACACCAGCUGAGUGAUCUCAGUGGAGAUGACUGCCCUGGACUAAUGUUUUAACUGUGUUAAAUCCUCAGGAAAAUUUCAGGGUGUUCUGGGAGAAGAAGCAGUUAAUUGCCAUGGAAUUGUCUGAUUUGGUGGUAUAUUGCAUACCCACGAGCAAAACAAAGGACAACCUAGGUAAUGUAUUUUUAAUUAUGAAUUUGAACUCUUCAUCUGCUAGAUUGCUAGACAUGAUCAAAGAGUAUACUAGGAUGUGUCUAGAGAAUAGCAACAAAUAUUCAAAGGAGGUUUAGAUGCCUGAGGAGUGAGAGAGAAAGAGUGAGUUUGGUUGGCUUAGUGUGAAGAAUGGAACACUGGGGGAAAACUUAACCAGUCUCCAAAAACAUGUGAUGUAUGAGAUUCAGUUAUUCAUUGCUUGCUUGGUUGGGGCAGGAUUAAAAAUAAUGGUUAAAAGUUGCAACCAAAGAUUUAGACAUUUCUAACUGCAAUAGUGGCUGAGCAUGAAAGCUGGGUGCCUAAUGUUAUUAAUGAAUCUUUAUCUCCAGAGGCCUCUUAAGAGCAGGUUCAGACUUUGAGGCAAUGUAAUUCUCCAGAUGACCUUUUUGAGGUUAGUGGCAAGUAUCAGAGGGAUUAGGCUAGGCCACCCAGUGUCAGGGAGAGUGGCUUGCAUUGAUAGCCCUUCAUGCUUGUGUAGGAUAGGAUAAAUGGGUAUGCUUGAAGACAUCAUUAGAGUGGGUUCUUAGGCUGCCCUUCACACCCAGUGGUCCCAUUUUCUGAGCAGGUUGUAUGACCUGUUGACAGUCCUUUCAAAUUGUAGUAACCUGCUUCCCUUAUUUCAUAGAACUCAGUAGGAGCCACUGAAAAUUAAGCUAGCCCUCUUCAAUGUAACCAUUCGUUAAUUUCCAUUAUUUGGUUGCCCGACAGUGCAUUGCAAGAGUGGCAAAACUCAGGGAAUUGGCUUACAUAUAGACUGCCAACUCUUUUUUUAAAAAGCCACAUAAUUGAAACUUCAUAAAAUUAUAAAAUCAUAAGUAUUGCUAAUUUCUUUAUUUUUUAAGUUUGUACAUAUAUCUCAGAAGUUUAUACACUGCUUAAUUGACAAAAAAACUUCUGAAUGUGUUACAAAACAUUCAUUAGAUAUAUGUAUAAAACUGAAUGUUAAAAACAAGGAUACAUAAAAUUUAUCAAGCUAUAAAUGAAGCCUGCAUUUUAAAAAUACAUGAUUAAAAUUACGUUUCAGCGUGGGCUUAAGCAAAUUUGCCUGCUUCCCUGCCACUUUGCUGCAUCCUGUUCUCUGGCUUACUUAGACCAGAGUCAAAGCUGCACAAGGUGUAAAGGGCUGAAUGCAGAUUAUAAUGUGUCCUGGAACCAUUGUUUGGACUUGAUGUAGCACCAGUGCCAAAAACAUUGGCCAUCACUUGGAGAAGCAUAUUUAGUCAAGGGACAAUUAAACUUGCCAUCAAUAUUACAAAGCCUCAGUGAAGGCAUAUAUUAAUGAGUGGCUUCUUCCCACCUCUCUCUUUUGCAGAAAAUCCUGAUUACAAAGAAAUCCGUUCCUUUGUGGAGACCAAAGCAGAAGGCAUUGUCAAGCAGAAGCCUGCUGAUCUACUAAAAUAUAAUCAGAAGGGACUGACACGAAUAUACCCAAAAGGGCAGAGAGUAGAUUCCUCAAAUUAUGAUCCUUUUCGUUUCUGGUUUUGUGGAUCACAGAUGGUGGCUCUUAAUUUCCAGACACCAGGUAAAAAUCUCACAAGAUUUUACCCAUUUCUCAACCCACCCACCACUUUAUAAGUAAGCACCUCUUUCCUUCCAUGGUAUCCUGCGUAAUUGCUUUAUUCAUACAUCCUGAAUUGCUGAAUUCAUGCAUUUGGGGAAAGUGUGAUACCACUUGUUUUUAUUAUUUGAUGUUUUUCUAAUCCCUUUAGAUUUAUUAACGUAGGAAAUCUGGCUAACACAUCUUUUAAUUCUUUCUCUAGAUAAAUACAUGCAAAUGAAUCAUGCCUUGUUUUCCCUUAAUGGACGGACUGGCUAUGUACUGCAGCCAGAAAGCAUGAGGAGUGAGGCGUAUGACCCGGUGCCAAAUGAAUCCAAGAAGAAACUACAGAUGAUUUUGACAGUGAGGGUAAAUGAUGAUGAUUAUUUUUUUAAGUAAAUUGAUUAUUAAUUAAUUAAUUAAUUAAAUUAUUACCCACCCUUCACCCUAAGGUCACAGGGUGGACUACAACACAAAAACCAUAUUUAAAACAACCUACAGUACCAAAAAUAAUGUGGAUCCCAAAAAUAUAAAUCUCAAGUGUCCAUAGCCAUGGUAAAGAGGUGGGUCUUCAGCACUGACUGGAAGCUGUUUAAUGAAGGUUUGCUUUUCUGUGAAGAGGGAGUUCCAUAGCCUAGGGGCUGCCAUAGAGCUUGCCCUCUCCCAGGCCACCACUCCACUUGUCUAUUAAGGUGAAGGAAAGCCAAGAAGGCACCUGAGAGGGUUUGUAGGGAAGGAGGCAGUCUUUCAGAUUAACUGAAGUCCUCAUCUGUAAAAGUAUGUUUACUUUGUUUUCAGCAGUACUUCUGCAGACUCAGCAGUCUGUAACUUCCAGGAGAGAUGCCUUGUGGAAAGGAGCUCUUCCAUGGAAGGGGACAGGGUCUUUGUGUUGUAUCUACCAGUAGCCUGUUUGGUGGCGCACCCCACCCAUAGGGCACAUGUUCCUUCCCAGUGUCAAACAGUGCUUGCUUGUGAGUUCAUUGCCCUUGAUCUCCUGAAGACAGAAACAGUCUUGUCCUGCUGUUGCAUAUGUAUUUGGCAAUAUUUUUUUGGUCUUCCUGGGAUUGAGAAGGUUGAGUCAGAUUACCUAGCUACCUUUCUAUUUAGAUAAGGGAUUUCUGCCACAAAUUUGCUAAAACAGAGUUUAGAAGAAAAUGUCUUAGAAGAAAGAAAAGCUAAACGAAUUCUGUCACUUCAUAAUAUAAUAUACCGUAUUUUUCGCUCUAUAAGACGCACCAGACCACAAGACGCACCUAGUUUUUGGAGGAGGAAAACAAGAAAAAAAAUAUUCUGAAUCUCAGAAGCCAGAACAGCAAGAGGGAUCGCUGUGCAGUGAAAGCAGCAAUUCCUCUUGCUGUUCUGGCUUCUGUGAUAGCUGCGCAGCCUGCAUUCGCUCCAUAAGACGCACACACAUUUCCCCUUACUUUUUAGGAGGGAAAAAGUGAGUCUUAUAGAGCAAAAAAAUACGGUAGGUCAUUCUCAUUGUCCUGACGAUUAAGUCCUAACAUGAAGUAUAUUGGUGGCAUAAUCUUGAAGGUCUGUUUGGCUGGAUCCGCUAUCAAAGUAAUAAGAUGCUCACAGCAAAAACUGAGCUCUUAAGUCACAUUGGUUUCAGUAGGUGGGCCUGGAUCACUUGUUGAAAUCAGUUGUGACUUAAUGUGGGUUUUUUUUUGGGGGGGGAAGAUACCUACAUAAUUUAGCUGUUUGGUGUUGGAGUAGGACAUGGGUUCAAAUUCCCAUUCAGCCAUGUAGAUCACUUGGUCUGGCAUUGUGUUGCAGCCUAACCGACUUCAAAGGGUUGAUGUGAGGAUAAAACGUGGAGGGGAGGAAGUGUGUAGGCCAUGUUGAGAUCUCUGGAGGAAAGGUGGGGUGUAUUUAAAAAUAAAAAAAUCAGCAACUAAGUUAAACUGUCUGAAACAGGUAAUCGGAGCUCGCCAUCUUCCCAAGCCUGGCAGAAGUAUUGCCUGCCCAUUUGUGGAGGUAGAAAUUUGUGGGGCUGAAUAUGAUAACAGUAAAUUCAAGACCACUGUUGUGAGUAAGUACUUCUUAACUCUCUAUGGAAAUACGGGUUCUGCGACAAUAUAAAAGAAGUUGCGUCGUGCGUUGGAAUUAGGGCGUGAAGAGUCAUGUUCAAGUCUCCAUUCCUCUUCAGAACUUACUGUGUAACCUUGGGGCAAUCACUAUGUGUCUCAGCCAAAUAACUAUCAUAGAGUUCCUUGGCUGGAAUAACAGUAUCAUAAAUAAGUAAUAAAUAAACAGUAUCAUAAACAAAGCAAAACAAGUAGAGCAAUUGAUCAUGUUACAUAGCAUUGCAACCUGGUAUGGCAUAGUUGAAGGAGUGGCCAACUCCAGCCACCCAGGAGGAACAUCAUGGCAAGAGGAAGCCCAGCUUGGCUCCAGUGAAGGUACAGCUGCUUGAAUGUUUCCUCUCCUCUCCUCUCCUCUCCCCUCCCUUCCCCUUUCCAUUUCCUUUUAUAGCAUCUCUACUAGGUUGUGAGCAGGGACUGUUUUAUAGCACUUAAGAAGCAGCUGCUUUACAAGUGUUUAAUAUUAAGAAUUGCAUCAUUUUAAAACUCCACUAGUUACAUACAAAGGAUAGAAAAAGUGACUCCUUGGAAUGUCUUCAGUACGCCUUCAGCAUUUUCUUGAAAACAUGGGACAUGGUCUAUCCAAAGUUAAGCACUUCUGUUGGAGGGAAUUGACAGUGUAAUUGAUGCUCUUCUCAACAUUCAUGGAACUUUGGCAGGAUGGCGCACAAGUUACUUUUGGAAUUACCCAUUGAAAUUAUUGAACCCAACUUAGUCAUAUGUAUUAAUUUCAUUGAGUCUACUUUGAGUACAACUAGCACUGAAUACCACACACUAACUUCCCUGCAAGAAGUGUAUCAGUGAGGCAGUCAGGUCCCCCCCUGCCUUUUUAUAAUUCUUUGGCACUCUUUUAAUUCCAACUUCUUGGCUGUUUUUCCUCUCUCUGACUGCAUUCUCCUAAAAAAUAAAUCAAAAGAAGCCGUUGUCUUGCUCUAUGCUUCUGAUUAUUCCUGAAGAUAGCCCAGAGAAAGAGGAUGGAGAAUAUUCUGGCAUCAGCAUCGCUGAAGAUCAUACUGCUACCAGAUUAUUUAAGAAUUGCUUUUUCUUGGCCUUUAUUAGUAAAAGCAGUUGCCACUCUGUGUCUGCAACCAGAGACCCCUGAGUUAGCUCAGCCAACAUCUUGCAGCUCCUGUGAUUUGAGUCCACAUUAGCCUCCAAAGAGUUUAGCUUUCUUCUUUUUCUGAGGUGCUCAAGCUUGAAUGGGCCGACCCACUUAAGAAUAAAAACAACAACUAAACUUCUCCAAAUGUUCUACACUUGCCUCAAACUGUGGAGGAGCGGAAUGUCACAGUUGCUUGCUUUAUAUCAUGAAAUGUUCAUUUCAUUACAGAUGACAAUGGCCUUAACCCAGUCUGGGCAUCUCAAGAGCAAGUGAAGUUUGAAAUCUAUGACCCCAACCUAGCAUUUCUGCGCUUCGUUGUCUAUGAGGAAGACAUGUUCAGUGAUCCCAACUUCUUAGCACAUGGCACUUUUCCCAUCAAAGGAAUCAAAUCAGGUAAAUAUCAAGUAUAACACUGACAGGUUGAACAAAGGUUUUGAUAAUUUGCACACUUCUUUGGCUUUCAGAUCCUAGGUGACAUGUUUGCUGCACACCAAAAGGGGAGCUAGGAAAGUCUCCCUCAACUGAUAUUGAUUGACCAUAAGUGACUGCUGAAUUAAGCUGGGGGAGGGGGUCUUUGAGUCUCAACUCUGUGCAUACCAUACAUAUAUAAAUAAAACACUUUAUUAGAUCUUAUUGUUAUGUGGUAAGCUGAGGGUUGUUGUUUUUUUGCCAUAUCCAUGCUGAUCAUCGAGGCCCUGGAACCAAGUAAAACCUUGGCUGUUCUGGCUUGCUAGCUUUUGACUCACCCUUGUCAAGAUUUUCCUGACAUGCCAACUGCUCAGCGUUUCAUCAUGCAUAAACCCCCACCUGGAGUUAAUUAUCCAGUGCUUAAAUGAUAAAUUCUGCAACUACAUCUUUCAUUUCUUUAGGCUUUCUGUAAUUCUUUGCUUAUUCAUGGUAGUCUGCUGCUCUAGAUAUACAGAAGUAACUGCUUAAUAAUUCCUAACCCCUGGAACAAAAUUUUUAUCUUGCCUUUUUCUGAAUUUAUAUUUAUUUUAUUUAAAAUCAUUUAUAGACAAGGUUCUUUACAAAAUAAAACAUGCAAACAGCUAUUCAAAGUACGGUAGAGCAGGUAUUAAGAAUUCUUGAUAUUUUUUUCUCUAUUUUUUUUCUCUAUGAGAGAUUUUGAAUGCUCUUUUGUACAUGGUGAAUCAGCAAUAAAUCAGUGGCCAUAGAAAAUCUGCAAGUUUUUUCAGUGCAAAAGAAAUAAGCUCUGUAUGUAGUAUUUAAGCCGUUUUGAGAUGGGGAGGCAAGAAAUGUGAAUUUAAUGGCUGAAUUUUCUUCUUCUUGGGGAAGCUCCUCCUCAGCAUUAUCAGUCCUGCUACAGUGGGCUUAUUCCUAUGUCAGUAAUAAACUUCAGCUAUGAUGGAGUUCAUUCUUUCAGUCUUCAUCACACUCUGAACCUGGAAUGAAUCCUGAAAUAAAUCCCUGCUAAAGAUUGUUUGGCUAGCUUAGAUUCUACUUUGCUUUUUGAACUGUUGCAGAAAUUGAGAUCCCUUGUGGCAGCUUGUGGUUUUUUCCAGCUCUGGUUCAUGUGACUGUCUUGCGAUUCUCCAUGAUGCCCUGUCUUUCCUGCUCUGCCUGCUGCUUCCUAGUAAAUCUCCAAACUCUGUUCUACUUUCAAGAAUAGAACAGGUGAGCUAUAGGCUGUUCCGUCAUGUGUACGAGUUUGAGGAAGCCUUGAAGUUAUAAGUUAACCUUUCUAAUCCUACCCCUUUAGGCUUUCGGUCUGUCCCUCUCAAAAAUGGAUACAGUGAGGAUAUAGAGCUGGCUUCCCUCUUGGUUUAUUGUGAGAUGCAGCAGAUCCUGGUAAGUGCAGAAGCUGUUUGACUUCCACCAUCCACUAGGAUGGAGACCUACCAUGCACCCAAAUGUCCCCUCACCAACUUGGCAGCUCUAUUUGCAAAAUUGGUGGUGGGAUCUGAACUCCAUUCAUGUUGGCGGGAGCUAUUUCUCUUAAACUAACUACUGCAUGGGAUGUAUGUUCAUCAGGAUUAAAUCUGGGGAAGGAAGGAUGCUCCACCCAACACGCUGCAAUCCUAAUGACAUUCCCCCCACCUAAAAGUAUAUAUAAAAAAAUACUGCAAUGUUGUUUGAGCAUCAGCACACGUAUACAAAUGUGUUGCAAGGUUUACCAAGCUAAUGUAUGUAAAAGUGCUAUAUAAAUACCAUUCUUGGGUUAGUGCCUAAUAACCUCCAGCAGAGUUCUGUUUCCGGUAUGGGUUUUCGCUGUAGUUUUUUCUGCAACAUAGCCCUUGAAAGCCACUUUUGAGCGUUGGCAGGUCAUUGAAUGAGAUGUUAAGCAGUGAUUGCUGCUGGAAGGGAGAAUAGGUGGAAAUUGCAAACAUGAAUGGAAGUCUGCAAUGCGGCAGAAUUGCAGGACGGCCAGUGCCUCCCCUGCCAACGCUGGAGAACUGGGUGUUGGGGAGUUGUCCCCAGGCUGAAUGUGAGCUUCCAACUUGAAAUCCAGCCCUGCGCCAGCCUGCUGGAUUGAUUAAUGGCAGACUGGCUUGGAGGGCAGGAUACACACACUGGGGAUGGGCCUGACAGAGCAAUCAGGUUUCCCUCAAGUCCAUUCCUGGGGGAUUUAAAGUUGCCCAUGCUAGCCCCAGCACCCAGAUCUGCUCUGUCAAUCCACUCAUUGUUGCAUUUUACAUUCUGAUUUGGCCUUGCUAUGGCAAUUGUGAUCGCCGUAUUCGGAGCCGGGUAGGAAUUUGCCUAUCAGGCGAAUUGGCUAUGGCCUGGGGUUUUGCCUAUCUCAUAGCAAUCAUCACAACUGGCAGUUUAGGCAUUGGGCAACCUUGGUCUUAGAUGGGGGGUGUUGUAUCUUCGGCCUUUCCCUCCAGAAAUAGGGUGUCCUGUUAAAGGGAUUUGUGAAGGAGUUGCUUCUGUUCAUAUGCCCAGGUGGGCCUGGGCCUCAGCACUUCUCUAGGUGACAGUCCCCCUUAUUUGAUGUAAGUUAUUGGAAUCCCGGCAGGCAGGCCGGAAAUACAGUCGUACCUUGGAAGUCGAACAGAAUCCGUUCUGGAAGUCCGCACGGCUUCUGAUUGGCCGCAGGAAGCUCCUGCAGCCAAUCAGAAGCCACAGAAGCCCCAUCAGAUGUUUGGGUUCCAAAGAAUGUUUGCAAACCGGAACACUCACUUCCUGGUUUGCGGCGUUUGGGAGCCAAAACGUUCAGACUCACAAGGUGUUUGGGAUCCAAGCUACGACUGUAAAUGGUUACCCCUUGCCUAUGCCAAACCUCUUCAUCUGUAGACAAAGUUGUGGCCUAAUUUGAUUUAUUGCGUGGUGUCUUUUACUGGUAGCUCAUUUGAGUGGAGGUGCGGGGAGUGCGUGGCCUGGGCCUGCAAGUGCCUUUGGCUUACACCCCUUUGACGCCAACCCAUUUGUAUUAGUAACUUUGUUGUGACUUUUCCAUUCUACUCUUCUGCAGUCAGGUGUAACAUGGCCCCUGAUAUAGACCCAGUCCAGUUCCUUUAAUGGAAGAAUAUUGAACAAUUCCUUAUUAAAACCAGUGGGACAGAAGUGCUUAACUUUGAUUUGAUCAUGGUGUGUGCAUUGCAAGAAGGGCUUUCUUUUCCUUUUGAAGGAAGGUGAAGAAGAUCUCUAUUCAUCAUUUCGGCAACUACGACAACGCCAAGCAGAGCUAAACAAUCAGUUAUAUGACACCCGACGGAACUUAAAGAAUCCCAGCCGAGACGAUUUAUUGCAAGAGUUCAAUAAGAAUGAGGGUCAGCUGCAAGUGUAUCAAGAGACAUGCAACAGGAGGUACUUUGAUGGUGACACUGCUCCCAAUAAAUCCCCAAACAUCCUGGAUAAUAUAGCAUAAAUAAAGGAAGUACAAGGAAGAGUCCAAUAAAUAACCGUAUUUUUCGCCCUAUAGGACACACUUUUCCCUAUGGGGCGAAUGCAGGCUUUCGCUGAAGCCUGGAGAGCGCGAGGGGUCGGUGCGCACCGACCCCUCUCGUUCUCCAGGCUUCGCGCAGCUCUCCGCAAGCUGUGGGAGCCCGCGCUGGGCUCCCACGGCUUGCGGAGAGUUGCCUGCAUGUUGAAGCCUGGGCGCGCUGAGCUCAGUGCGCCCAGACUUCGCACAGCUCUCCGCAAGGUGCGGGAGCCCGGCACUGGGCUCCCACGGCUUGCGGAGAGUUGCCUGUUCUGGGGGCCGGGGUCGGGGGAAGCUCGGGCUUCCCCCCACCCCAGCCCCGUGCCGGGGGGGGGGGAAUAAUUUUUUUCCCCUUUAUUUCCCCCCCAAAAAACUAGGUGCGCCUUAUGGGACGGUGCGUCCUAUAGGGCGAAAAAUACAGUACCUUUGUUUCACCUUGAUCUGCUAGGAACUAUUUUCUCAGCCAAAAUAGGCCUGGCUUCUUGAACUAGCAAACUCAAGGCAGCAGUUUUACAAAGCUAGAGAACAAGGCAGCGCCACGGUUCUAGCAUAUAUGGAGGUGGCACAUAGGGAAUUAAGACUAUCAAAUGUUCAAUAAAUGUUAAGAUUUAAUUUACAGCUUCCUGUUUAAUAAUAUUUAUGCACCACUUGAAUGUUAAAAAAGCAGUUUACAAUUAUGACUCUUAGUAUUUUCUUUCCUUAAAAUUAUGUACUUCCUCAGAUAUCAACUGCUAUAUAAAUGCCAUGCUGGCCAGGCAGGGGACUUGGAUAGAUGCAUGUCCUGCCACAAGGCUGACUUUUUUUCUUUGUCCUCUUUUCAGACUGAGGGAGAAGAGAGUCAGCAACAGCAAAUUCUACUCCUAGAGAAACUGGGUUCCCUUUGGUGCGUUAUUUAUAAAGUCACCCGGUAAGAGACAUUGAUUUAUUCUGGAAGCGCAGCUUAGAAUGGAGGCUCAACAGUCAGAAAAAUACGUUUUUGGCAGGGAACAAGGAAAAAAUUACAUUGUAUAUACUAGAACAAUCUGUACAAAGCAACAACGCUGAAGGGUGGAGUAGCUUGUAUAGUAAACCUUAGUCAGUAACAAUGUGUGAUGUUUGUAAAGCAAGCUUAUCAGUUGAGAACUCCAAGCUCACGUGUACCACAAUGAUUUUGUGCCACUUGUAUGACCUUUGUUUUUAUGAUGGCCAUAAUUCCAAGAGCUGUGUGUGCUUUUGAGCCUUUCCAAAUCCCACCGCAACACACCUUUAUCCUUUUUGCUAAGGCCUCUCUCUUGCUUCUUUUGGUAGGUGGAACUACUCUCCCAAAGUUGCCUGGCAGAAGUCUGCCACUGCCCUCAGUUGUCAUCAUCUGCAGUAAAUUGCCUUUGAAGGCACAGCUGAAAUUGCAAGGGAGAAAAAAGUACCAGCUAUUAUGGACUGUGCAGGGUUAUUUCUACACAAUGGCUUGAUGAAUGCCAGAUUUCAAGGGGGGGGGGAUUUGUGUGUUUUUUGAAAUAUUAACUUGUAAAAUCUUAUCAGAUAUGUUUUGGGUAGAAAUUUUAUUUUUAAAUGUAUGUAUACAGCAGUGGUAUGUGCGUGUGUGUGUAUAAAGGCUGAUUGGCACUAAAAUUUACAUGGGUUUGUACUAUUUUGAGAGAUUAAAAGGUGCCUAACAGUUAACACUUUGUUUUAGUUUUUACAAAAGCAGCUCCUUUUGCAUUGGCAAAUGCGUAUACAUGAUAAAAAUAUGUUAUGUGUGAGACACGUUUCUGGUAGGCUCAUGCAAAGAUGAGUGGGAAUGAAAGUAUCCUGUAUAACUUAAGUCUGCAGGGAGAUCCUUCAAUCCAUAGCUCAGUGUUCAAGUUAUUCUGCAAUGUAAUGCAUAACGAACAGACUUGAUGCUUACCUCCCCUUAGGCUUGAAGUGCAGAAAGAGUAGAUGGGCAGUGGUGUGGGGGUUGUAACCCAUAGAUUUGUGACUAAUGGAAUUUAUGCUUAUUAGUUACAAACCACUCACCUCAUAGGCAUGCCUUAUUUGCAGCCUGUUACUGAAAGUUAAAAAGUGCACUAAUUCUUCCUUUGCAACUGUGGUUAGAAUCACAGAACUGUAGAGUUGCCAGAGAAUCCAAGGGUCAUCUACCCUCUGCAGUCCAGGAGCACAGGUAAAGAAUCCCAACAGAUGGCCAUCUAUCUCUGCUUAAAAACUUCCAAUAAAAGAUUGUCACCUUCCACCGUAGUUCUAAUGAUUUAGUUAAUGUCACAACAACACUUUUUUGGGGGGGGGG